AGCAAAGGGUGGCUACUUUAAAGAAACUAGAAUAUAAAACAUGCUUUCAGUUAUUACACACUUUUUUUUCAAAGUACAAAAUUCUACACGUGUUCAUUCAUAGUUUUGAUGCCUUCACUGAUAAUCUACAAUGUAAAUAGUCAUAUAAAAAAUAAAGAAAAGACAUUGAAUGAGAAGCUGUGUCCAAACUUUUGGCCUGUACUUUAUAUCAUUUUUUAAAUGCAUUUAAAUAUAAGAUCCAAAGACAGAAAUAAAGGAUGUUACUUUAAGUAGUAGCAUUAGCAGCAUUUCUCCAGCGGAUGUCGCCAUCUUACAACUGAAGUGUGUAGGAACUUAACUCACCAAGAAGGUCCAUGGGGUAUAUUCAUAAUUACAGAGUCUAUGAUUCAGUCAAAUGAGUGACAUCAAACCAAUAAAAUUCAGUAAAGAAACACCGAAAUUAAUAGUGCAAAAAAAAAACUAAAUAAAGAGGAAAUUCAGGAAUAGAUGAGCAAAACAUUUGAGGUCAUAUAAAGAAGGGCCACAUUUCACAGGAAACAAACAAAAUGAUAAAUUUUUGUAUGUGUUUCGCAGCUAUUUUGUAAUUUCUUCUCUUUUAUUUAUAGGAUUUACACAAAUUUUCUUUGAUCUUGAUCUUGAGAAGCAUUUAAAACCUUGGCAUUAAGACCCACACAGCAAACUGAUAUUGGUUAGCUUUUUACAAGACAAAAAAAGCAAAUAUUAAGGAAGAAUAUAGAAGAAUAGGAGUGAAUAAGUGUAUAAGUGUAAAAUAAGUCCCUUAUAUCACACAUUUGUUUGUUUUAAUACACUUUUGUACGGUCAUAGCUAUUUACACAAAUACAUUGGGUCUUUUAUCAACCUAUUGUUGUUAUUAUUUGUCCUAUCCAUGCAUAAUAUUUCUUAUUUUAUACAGAUGCCAUAAUAUGCAUGAAUGAAUGAAUGAAUCAAUGAAUUCACCUUGACCGUGCAGGUACAUCAGCAAGGUCUGACUUAUAAUGCUUUGUUUGACGCAACAUCCACACCCUGUUUGCAGAGGUUCCCGUAGUUUAUACCUUGUGUUGUAGUGUGGGAUCCCGGUUACCCAGGAAUAGCUUGAAGAGCCACUGUUCACAGUUAAAUUAGGCGGAGUUAAGAAGGAUAAUACAUGUUACCAAAGUUAUGUAAUUAAGCCUUCAAAAUAAAAUCAAAGUUGCGGGUAGAUCUAUAAAGAGAUAGCUGCUUGGUUGUAAAUAAAGAUUUUCUCUUUUCUGAUAAAAUAUGCUAUCACCCAAUGGUAAAGUAAGUCGAAAUAAACCUAUAAACAUCAAAUAUGACAACCCGUGUUUCAAUAAUUUGGCGUUGUAAUUGUCAAAAGCUUCACUUUGAAAAUCCCGCCCGGAAACUGCACGUAUAUAGCAUCAACUUGACGCAAGCUCCUCUCCACUCUGUCUCGUGCCGCCCAGCGCUCCUUCGGCAGUUUCUCUACUGUGAACUCGUCCGUCACCACCUGCGGUUCACCGUCUACAACAGGUGAGAACAAAUUCAUUUUGAAGAGCUAAUUUGUUACCAAAAGCUGAGAUAACUAGUUCAACUAAAAAAACUUUGAGUGACCGCGUUGUAAGAUGUAGAGACGAGUGUUGUGGGAGUUUGCGUGACCUGGAGACGAACACCUGGACAGUUGGGAAGAGCAAGUGAGCUUAACUAGGAGAGGCUAAAAUAAACGCACAAAGGUUAAAUAUAAUGUUUAGCAGCGGGAAACUACACUAAAAUGCCCAAAAAGGCAAGCUGUCUGCUGGGUUUAGAAACGGUCCCCCUUCACCUGAAGAUAGAGGCUGAAUUUCCGCGGGUCAGAUGACAUUAUUCCUGCGCCUGGAUAUGACAACUUUGUACCUGCAAGUAAACCAGUUUCUUCACCUCAGACAUUACAAUUAGUGUGCUAUUAUAUAUUUGCAUACACACAACACAUCAUGCAAAACCCAGUUAACUUCAAACAUCUGGUUCAUCCUCUACGUUGCCCCCUCAUCCCUAACCCACCAACAUCCAUGGUCUUAAUUGUAGACAUGAAAAAAGUGCUAAAAUUAUGCAUUUCCUUAACAGUAAGGCCACUUUAACUUUAUUCUAACUAAAUAGAAGCAAUGUGACUACUCAUGUAAAAGUAAAAGGUACUUGUCUUAAAAUUUUGAGUAUUUUAUCUCCAGUAGGGACCCUUAAAAAUAUGCACAUUAUGCCCAUUCUGCAGAACUGAUUGCAGCAUUGAUGCUUUUCACCAAUUGCAUGAUUGGUGAAAGGUAUUAUUUAAUGUAGUGAAAUACAAUACAUUGCACAGAAAACACAGGUACAAGAAGUAUUGAUAUAUGAAACUUCUCAAGAAAGUGCAACUACUCAUAAAGCUACUCAGUGAAGGCAACAUAAUCAGUGUUGUUAGUUUCCAUCCCUACUUACUUGAGUUAAGAGAGGCAAUCAUAUUUCAAAGAUGAUAAAGUUAUGCCAGUGGAGUAGUUCUUGAAGCAUUUGAAGUUGUGGAUGACAGCACUUAACUGAAUAAACUACAGAGGUGUGGAAUCAGGGAAGUUGUUCUAAAUUGGGUGAGUAGCACCUUAAAAAAUAAUAAGGAUCAAUACAAAAGAUCUACUGAAUCCAGCUAAGAGAGAGGAGCUGUCCACCACCAUUGGUCCUUUAGUUCAUCAAGGUGUUAUGAAGUGGGUGAUCAAUGUUCUUUAGAGUAGUCUCCACCUUCCUCAGUGUAGAUCUCUCCACCACAUCCUCCACUCAGUCCAGCUUGAGUCCAACCACAGAGCCAGCCUUUUUCACCAGUUUGUUCAGACGUCUUGCAUCUUUGUGUUUGAUGCUUCCUCCCCAGCAGACUGCAGCGUAGAACAGAACACUGUCGACACCACAGACUGAUAAAACACCUGCAGCAUCUGACUACAGAUGUCUAUUGAUCGGAGUCUUCUCAGGCAAAAGAGGCGGCUCUGCCCCUUUCUGUACAUGAAGUCUAUAUUCUAAGACAGCGGUUCUCUAGUCCAGUCCUCGAGGUCCACUGUUCUGCAUGUUUUGGAUGUUUCCCUGCUCCAACACACCUGAUUCAAAUGACCAGCUCGUUAUCAAGCUCUGUAAUGGCUUAGAUUCUGUUAUAUUGACAUUUUAUACAUGUUCUCGACAUCUCUUAAAUUAGGGUUGUAAAAGUUACCGAGAAAUCUGUGCUUCGUUGUACAAUACCGAUUCUUUUAGAGGCAAUAAUAUUAACAGCAAAGACAGCAUAUUGUGAGACUUUAACCUGUUUCUUUAUACAAUUAUUCACUUGGAUAAUGUGAAUACAGAGAAAGAAAAGGAUUUGUUUCAAACUCUCUCUCUUAUGUGUGUCACCUGUCCCUCAGUGAACCGUAAUAAAGCCAGCCAGGAUCAUCCUUUCUGCUCAUUGGCAUUUAAGCUAACAAGCCCAUUUUGGAAUCCUUGUUUACAUCCUGGCUCACAUCAGCGAAGGGCUGGGCAGUUGUUUACAGCCUGGCAAGGUGCCUGGCUAGUUUUAGAUCAUGUGUCAGUGCAAAGACUUGCUUUGGCAUCUGCUGCUGCUGCUGCUUGGCUACAUUGCUGCAUGAUCACCUGGUAGUACAGGGGACUCACUGAGCUAUCCGUACCCCAAAAUAGGCUGGAAGACAAGAUAGCUGAAUCUGUUUUUGAUAUGAGAAGUGCACAAAUCAGUUAGGAAUCCAGUUUUUGAGGAAUACAAUAGAAUGUAAGGAGAAUAACACUUUAGAGGUCUGCCAAACAAUAUCAGCUGAUCUUUUUAAAGUUGAUAAACAGUUUGGAGGAGCUUAGAAUUUGGAAACCUCUGUGUUUUUUUUAUCAGUUUGGAGCUACAGCACUUUGCUUCAUCUAAUAAUGCAAUAUUAGGUUGUAAUUAGGGCCCAACCGAUAUGGAUUUUUUGGGGCCGAUGCUGAUACCGAUUAUUUUUUGGGGGGGUCCUAUUACGGAUUAAUUGGCCAAUUUUUAAAUUUUUUAAUAAAGUUAUAGAAAAUACAUAUAUACUGUAGAUAUACUGUAGGCUACUGCUCAUCACACCGACGGGAAGACCGACUGAUCAAACUCGGACCAGAAAAGCGUUUCACCCGCCGACGCUGCCGAUUGGUGCCUUCGCGUCUCAACUCACGUAACUUAUUUCUAGUCUGGUCUCAUCUGGAGACAUGCAGCUGCCUCAGUAAGAGAAGUAGCUCGAUCACGUAAUGCGUACUGUUGUUUAUUCUACCGUUACUGACACGGCUAACAGUGUAGCAAGGCUAAUAGCAGGUGGCUAACUCUAACUUUAGCUUGCAUAUUACAUGGUGCUAACUCGGCGUGACCGAGACCAGCACAGCGGGGAACAUCGUGAAGUGGGUUGAACUGAAACUUGUUGACUUAUUGUGUAUUUUACAAACUGGUUUAUUUACCGUUGAGGCGGACCGCUCUCCUCUGUGCGUCACUGAGCUGCCUGCUUCAAAUCCGUCACUCUGCUGUGCUGUGAGGUAGUUAGUGGAUGAAGAGUGUCAUGAGGUCGCUGCGCCAUCUACAGGAUAAGUGGGGGAAUCUUUUCAAAUGGCGAAACAUUUUCAAAGUGAAACCGAAUCUUAUUCUCAGCUUUUUAUUUCUGAAAAUAUCAGCAAAAAUCGGCGAGUUUUGGCCGAUUACAGAUCAGUCUCAAAUGGGCUAAAGUUGGCUGAUCUAAUUGGCUUGCCGGUAAAUCGGUUGGGCCCUAGUUGUAAUGGCUGAAACGUUGCCCCUGUGGGGUAAGAAGCUUGAUAGAAGUUAUUGUUUUUGCCAAAGACAGAAUAAGGUUUUUAUUCUGACAAUAUUAAAGAAAGGAUUUUUACAGAGGUUAACCUUUUAAUUGUAAUAAAGUCUGCACUUUAUUCUCUUAAAACAGACCACAUCUGUUGACAAAAGCAGCGAUUUCACUUGGCACAACAGAGAAGUAUGUGGUAUACUGCUGCCUCAAUCUUUCAGUCUGUGUUUCGUGGGACUCUGGUGUUUUCAGUGGUUUGAUUAUAUAGACAAAAACCUAAAGAGCCAACUGAUUAAAGCAGCGGUGGUAGAUCAUGUCUUGUUUUGUGAGGUUUGGUGUGUUUGAGAAAAGAAAUGUAAGAGUUGCAGAUGUGGUUACAAAAAAUAAUGAUCCCUCUGUAAGUCUGAGGAAGCUGCAGCCAUUACAACUCUAUUCUAAAAAAACACCACCAGAGGCAUUUCUAAACUUUUCUCUACUCAUGAGCCAUUGAGACUUCAAAAUCGGUUAUAGGUGAGCAAAGGUAAAAAUAGCAGUAUUCCCCUUUAAUAUUUCUUCUGAUUCUAUUAUAACAAAUCUAAAAGAGAUGGGGUAAACAUCACAGAGCUCUAUCCAAUUGCCUCUUUUAGCUUCCUUUGGAGUCCUAAUUGGGGUUUUGUUUUGCAUGCAGAACUGGACUCCUGUUGUAAUUGCAGGCUCCAUGUUUCACAGAAACAGCCUGUUUGUUUGAGCCUGAGCAGAACAGACAGGGGGACUGUUUUGAUUUUUUGUCUCAGAAGAGUUGUUUCGUCACUCUGCUGUCUCACUAGAUUGAAUUUUCAGGCAAAUUGGUUUUGUGGCUGCAGUCAACGCUGCUUCGCUCUCCGUCUUAGAGAGAGGAAUAAUUAUUUUCCCCCAAAGACUUAAACCGGCAGAGAGCCAGACUGAGCUCUGACUGAAAAGAUGCUUCCUUAAAGUUUGGAAAGUGUUAUCAAUGGAUGGAGACUGUGUUCCUGUACGGGAAGAGUGAGAGAUUAGUUUCACGCUCCUGAGGGGUUCAGCUUCCUGGAACUAAGAAAACAAACAAAAGUUGGGUCAAGUUAGUGUCACACGUUUUAUCCUGACAGCUGUCAAAAACUGUUCUGCUGUUUCCCAAUGAGGCAUAAACAUCUACUUUGGCAGGAAUGCUAAUGCAAGAGAACUGAAAAAAAAUCUGUGUGAGUUUUGCACUGAAUAUAAAAGAAUAUAAACAAACCAGGGUAAAGUUAGAGUGAUAUGGGAACUACUGAUUAAAAAAGUAAAAAAUUCGGAGUCUUUUUUUUUGUCCAAAAUGACUCUACAAAGGUGUUCAGAAGGCUGUUAUUUUAAAAUAAGUAACAGAAUAUUUGAUAUCAUACUGUGAGAAAUUUAAGGGUUGUGGUGUUAAUUCUAGAAACACCUUAAUGAUAAAACUGAUAGUAUUCGUCCUUUAUGAAGACUGCAUUUCCCAUGAUCACCAUCACUCUCAUGCAUUUGUUGUUAAAGCAAAUAAAAAUGACACACCCACAUUUGUUUUAGUGCCAGGCCCUGGUUGUAAAGGUUCUUCAUAUAAAGCAAUUCUUCAACAGAACACACAGCAUGGCAUUUUGUUAAUUCUGCUCCGCUUUCUGCCAUAAGUAAAACAUUUUUUUCAUGUAAUUCUUCAUUAAAAUCAAAAGAAAUAAUGUACUCAUCCUAUAGCCAUUAUAAUGAACAUACAUUCAUAUACACUUCUUCAUGACUAAAUCAGCAGAAGCAGAGCUUAUAUACCAAAAACAAACAUCGUCAGAAAAUAAUCUAGAGGAAAAAAAAUCCUCUUGCUUGAAAAAAUGACUUCUCACUGAAAAACUGAACCAGCAAUAACCACCUUUGGGUGAAUCACAAAUGUCAACUCAUCUUUUUUUUGUGGGAAAUCCAACCUGAACACAGGAGUUAAAAUUCAGUACAGAGAGCCAAUGUUGUUGCAGAUAAUCCCAUUUCGCUAUGUGGGUCACAUAGAAACAUCAGUAUUUAAAAUCUCCUCACACUGACUAUAAUAAUGUCUAUUCUGUACACAUCAUGAAUAAAAAAUACAAGUUUGUACAAGAUAGAUAUCUACCCAUAAAAAGUAGGGAACUUUUAUUUUGAUAAAGCUAGUGGGUGUCUCAGCACAGACAAAGUCACUGCAAAGUUAAGGUACUUACACACCGGGGCCAACGCAAAUAUAGAACGCGAAAUUACAAAAUAUUCGAAGGCGAAUUGUGACACGCCUGACUAUACACAUCAAGUCUGAUGUGAUUUUGCGACUUUCCGGGGGGAAAAGACACAUCCCGGGAAGACUUUUCCCGGGGAAAGUCCCGCCUCCUUCAUCUCUGAUUGGCUAGAAAAGCUUGAAACAUCAUCACAUUCUCAAGCCAAACGGUCAGCACUUAUAGCCAAUCAGAGGCGAGAAAAUAAGCACAUGAAACUAUGGUAACAAUUGUUUGCUUAUGUUAGCACAGAUGAAAGUUAAAACAAAGACGUUUAGCAAACUGUUAAAGCACACAAACCAUCGUCAUAUGAGAGAUCCAACGCUAUGACUCUCCACAAGUUGUCCUUCAGGUCGUUAUCUUUGUAAUGUGUGUGUAAACGAUCUUAAACAAUCAGCCGGUCAGCCAUGUUGGAUAUAUCGGUAAAUGUGACGUCACAACAACACGAAAUCUGAUUGGUCAGAAGUGAACACACAGUAUGCAAAACUUUGGAAAAAUCGACCAUGAUCCGGAAAAAUAAAUGCCGCAAUAUUGCAGGACGAGAAAACAUCGCUGAUGUAAACUCUUGUAUUGACAGGAUACGGGUUUGAAAUAAUCGCACAACAAAAACGGUCCCAGUGUGAAAGGACCUUAAAACUCAUAAAAAGGCUGUUCUGUUUCAUAUUCUUGUUUAAAAUAAAAGGGGGGGGGGGUAUCCCAAAUAUAGACUAAUGUCCAUGUCCAUGUCCAUUGGUUGAAUUUCAAAGAAAAUCCCAGCAACUAACCAUAUCAUUAAAGACGGAAAUACUGAAACACACCAGUCGUAUGUAACUUUCUGCUCGCUGAACUACAAAGGAAUGUUUUGGUCGAUCAUCAAUCCUGCUCCUCUACAUUUUCUUAUCACACCAGAGCUGUUGUCUGUCAUCAUAUGUGUUUGUCUGUGGUGUUAACAGUCUACUUUUGUUUGAAGCCAUCUUAAAAUGAUCUUUGCCUGAUCUCUUCUGUUUCUUUUUAUUCCAGGAUGCCCUUUGUUGCGUGAUGGCAGCUUGAAUGAUACCCACACUCAGCCCUGCAGACAUCUACACGUCUGUAAAUCUGAUUGUAUCUGCAGAGGAUAUGGACCCACAUUUCAAUACCAAAAGCACCUCCUGGACCGGUUCACCUAAGGCUCCCUUACUGUAGAAGCUGCUGCAUCAUCACAUGGCUGGGAUUCAGCAGCUGCCUGUUAACUCACAGACAAAUGUUUGCUGAAACUGCCUGAAGAAGCACUGAAAAGAGAAAGAGGGGGAAAAAAAACCUUGGCAUUGGCCUGUUAGACAUUUGUGUGUCUGUGGUUGGAUCUGCAAUCAUGGGGAAGGAGCAGGAUCUGCUGGUGGCUGUGAAGAGUGGAGAUCUUCUUCUGGCACACAAACUUCUCUCCAAAGUCAAGUGCAACAAAACCAGUGAGUACAGAGUCAAUCUUUACUUCGAGUGGAUGUAAAGGCUUUUAUAUGUGAAGGGUGCUGGUUUGCCUUUGGUCUACAUUACUGGUUGGAAUUGACCAGCCAGAAUGGAGUAAAAACCGCAAGAUCAUCUUGUCCAAUUUUGAACCGCUUUCCCAUUUGCGACAGAAGUCAACAAAAGCCCUGAUAUUUUUAAAGUUUGUUGAUCUUGCUAAAUCUUGGUUUUCACUUGGUGUGAUGUGAAGAGCCAUUUUAAUCUCCCUGAUCUGCAUGGAAGAACAUUGGAGCCACCCUGAUUUGCCGUCUUUACUAUUAAACAUGUUCAGUUUUUAUGAUCAGAUAUCCUGUUAUAUCGCUAAAGAGGGGAACACAACAAAUAUAUGGCAACAAUAGGAAACGCUGUGUAGGGCUGGGAGAUAAACUGAAUAUUUACAAAGUUAAUGUGGGAGGGGGUGAACAGCUUGUGGAGUAGUUAUCGUGCAUUUAUCAUUAUCAAGGUGAACUGCUCAAUAUAUUGUGAUAUUGAUUUGAGGCCAUAUCGCCCAGCGCUAACUCUGAGCAUUAACUUAGAUGGAUAAAUGGAGGGCAGCAACAUGAGUGUUUUCUACAACAUGUCCUGUGGAACAUACUACAAACAAAGAGAGUGCUCUCAUGAAUGAAAUCUGUCUGUGUUGGCCUGCUGUUAUUGCAUGCCACACACCGUAACAGCAAACCUCUUAAAACUCUCAUUAUUUGUCAUUAUGUUUGUGGUAAUUUUAAACUUGUGCAUGAUGAAUGAAUUUAUUCUCCUAUGUUUGCUGUGCUGAUCCUUUGCUGCUGUUAACACAGCAAAUUUCCCCGUCCUUGGAUUAAUAAAGGUUUAUCUUAUCUUGGUUAUGAUUUCAUAAGUCUCUUAGCAGGCUGGAGCAGCUAAGAGACACACUUAGUGCUGUAAAAACACAGUGGGUGCAGUGGUUUCCAUAUGCUGGUUAUUUUGCUCCCUUCCUUGGAGAUAGCUUUACAAAAAAGCCCAACAGACUUAUUUAGCAUGCAAACUCACCAUGGUCAGCGGGUUAACGUACAAAUCACGCUAACAUCACGAAUCAUCACAAUUAGUAAUGACCUAAAAGCUUUCACAUUUUAGUUUUUUAUACCAUGACUUCUUCUAACUGCACAAUUACAACAAACAGUGAAACUGGCCCAAAUCUAACAAUGUUAUUACAGGUUUUAUUUUUUGGUACUAAGUCAGAGUUAAACCUUGGUGUACCUUACUAUUUACAGUGAAACUGGGACUCAACAGAAACAGCUUCACAGGACCUCUUCAAGAACAUGUAGCGAACCAAGAAUUGAUUUUGUUUACGAAGCUGAAAUAUUGAAUUUUCUCAAAAUUUUGCCACGUUUGGAUCACAAAUCUAAAGUUGCAAAUUGGCCUCAGGUCUUGUAUCCUGCUGUGCAGACACCAGGAUGCACGAGUUCUUAGUCAUCAUCCCGAGAGAAGAAGGCAUGUUUUGUCAGAAGAUAGCUGAUUGGUCUUGACAUUGGCAUGGAGCUAAUGGAGGCUUUCUGCCCUUACUAAGUGAUUUUGUUUUUUUUUCUGAGUGUAAUUGUUUCCAUCAUGAAACAGAGCUUAGAUAUCAGAGGGAGAGCUGACGCCGUGGGCCUUUUUGUUGUUUCCCUGAGAUAACCACUAGAUCAGAUUCUGCCGUGGACCACAAACAAAGUCCCCUCCAGCAGUCAGGUCGGGGACAAUUUGGUACAAAGUAGGCUCAUACUGCAGCACAACUCAAGCUAAUCUGCCAAAUGCAGACCCAUGCAGCUCGUGCGUCUCUCUGUGUGCGUUGUGGGAGGCUUUUUUUCUUCCUGCAGAGUUUCUUAUCAGCGUAGAUUCCAAGUCAGGCGACAAGCAAGCUCGCUUUACAGCAGCAUUGUUGCAAAUGACAGGGUCCUCCCUCAUCCCAGCCUGGGGAAAGUUGAGGCCACGCAGGCAUUGAAGUUGAAGCGUCUCUUUGUGGCGUUAUCUGCUCUGGGCUUUCAUCAGCGAGGCUGGCUGCUCAAUGACGAGCUCUGGGAACAAAGCUGAAGCUGUCAGGAAAAAGCCUGUUACACACUUUGAACAUUAUACAGACAGAAAGCGCUGCCUGGCAGACAAUAUUAAAAGUGAUAUUGUCUGUUUUUGUUCUUCUGUUUGCAGACAACCAAUGACUGCCAAACUGGCUGUGAAAAGUGCAGCCGGGGAAAAAGAAUGGGUCACGUUCUGGGAUGUUUGUAAACUACCGUGAAGGUGCCCUUGAGCAAGGCACUCCAACUCUUUUAGAGGAGUAGCUAAGUAGCCAAGUGCAAAAGUGAAAAUCUGCAAACCAGAAAGAGAUGCAUGAUUCAAUAAACGAAAAGAAAGGAAAACAAGUAAAAACGCUCUCUAAAAAGGUAGUUUUGUGUUUUAUCAGUUUUUAAAACUUUUAAUUUCACAAACAGUUUAAUUUGAGGUAAAAGUAAAAGUACAAACAUCAAAAGCAGAUUAAGUGUAUUGAGUAAAAACUCAGUGUGAAAUCAGUUUAUGUCUGAUACAGGGCUGCUCCUAGCUGACUGAUAUACAGUACAUAGUAGGGCUGGGCGAUAUGGGCUGAAAAUUUGAUCACGAUAAGAUUUGGCAUUCUGGUGAUAACGGUUAAAGUCCAGAUAAAAAAUAUUAUAAUUCCAAUCUAUAUUUUUGACUCGUUCUGUCUUAAGAACACCAGUUGGAGUAAUCAAACAAGAUACUUAACCACAAGUUUGAGUGGUAGGCUAUGGAGAAAACUAAUGACAUCAAACAAGUCUCAAAUGUGAAAAUUCUUAUUGCACAGAGUGAACAGCAGCAGAUCUACUGUCCGAUGUCAGGCAUAUCUGAUUGUGUUCAUCUGAGCCCCAAUCUUGAAGGAAAUCCGCCAUGUGAAGCCUUGUUCAGUAACAAGCUGCUCAGAAACGUCUUCUUCAUCACCUUCGCCAUGUUUGUUUGUUAUUCUGCUCUGUGUGGGCUUUGGCUGUGAAUCCGUUGCUGCGCUUACGUCAGCAACCUGCAUUUAUCAUGAGACGACAAAUAUUUAUCAUGGAGGAUUUUUCUGUCAAUAUAUCGUGAACAAUAAUUUAUCGCCCAUCCCUAGUACAUAGUAUUAGUGAUCAAGUUAUUAGUUUAGCUAAAACUUGAAACAAAUAAUGAGUUAAUAAAAUAACAUAAAAGGCGACCACAAAGCUGCUUUUGUAUAUUUUCACUCAAUUCAAAUACAGUUCAGUGUCUGUAUGGCUGUGAUGUUCUGCUCCAUGUGCUACAGACUGUGUUAAGAGAACAGUAAAUUCUAGGGCGAAGGCAGAGUGCCUUCUGAUUUAGUCCAUGUCAUCACCCACUUUCUCCCCACAUUACCGUCCUCUCUGUCAAACUGUCCUUUCCUAUAUAUACAGAAAAAAACAGAAAAAUGAUGUGUAGUUGUCAAGUGGCUGAUUUUUACACUUCAAAGUAAAAAAAUUAUGUCACAUCAUUUCAGGAGCUUUGUAUGUUACACAAAGUAAUGUGGGCUAGAAAGUAUCCAGCUUAUGCACAAAAGGGAAAAACAGGCAUUCGACUUCUGUCUAAAUAUCCCUUUGUCACACUCACCCCCCACACACAGACAUACGCUGCUUUCAUCCCCACUGAUCCUCGAGGACCCCCACACAACGUCGUCAACAGUUUAGUCAUUUGUCACAUCAUCACAGCCCGCAGUGUCUGACUGCAGAUGCUGCAGCUGGCUGUGACGUUGUGAGGCCUGUGCAGCUGACCUCUUACUGUCUCCAUUUACAGAACAAACCUGUCAAUAAGACUGAUUGAUCAGUCAGAAAUGACCUGCUUUGGUUUGUGUUUAGAGCUAUAGCUGCCCUAAUAAUAGAGUCGUACAUUGUGUUGCCAGUGGGUUAUUUAUAAUCAUAUGUAUAGACUCUUACCCUUUGACUGUUGCUCAUAAAAAAUUAACAAAAUGUCUAGACGAUCUUGAGUUUUAGUGCCAAAAAUUGUAAUUUUAAAUAUUUUCCCAUUAAAAAAAAGAAAUUAGAAAAAAAACUCCCCUAAUUUAAUAUAACUUAAAUAAUUCAAAAUUCAAUUUUUACUUCAUUUACAUCUGUUUUUAUUUUUGCAUUUUUUUCAGUUUUGAAAAAUUUUAAAAUCCUCAUGGUCAAUUUUUCCAACUUUAUUCUCAAAGUUUCACUUUAUAUGUUACAUUUAGACUUUUCUGAGCUCUUUAUCCAACAGCUUUGUUAAAUUUUAUCAUUCACAUUUUGGCUUUAAGCUUAUUUUCAUUCAUAGUUUCCUGUAUUAUAGAUUUAACAUUUGUGUUAUUUAUUUCUCAACCAUUCUACUUAAUCACAUUCAUUUUUCAACAUUUUUGUGUUAUCUUCAUUUUGAUUUUUUGGCCAAAACUUAAAAAAAAAAAAAUGCCCCUCAGCAUGUUUAUUUUCCAUCUGGCCCUGCUCCUUUUCCUGUAAAACCCCACCUUUAAGUUCCAUUCUGAGAAAAACCAAAAACCUGUGGGUCUGGUAAGCCUCUGUGGAAGGUCAGGUGUCUUUAAAGCUGUUAUGUUGUUGUCGGGCUGACAUGCGACCUCCAGGCUAAGCUUCAGGGCCGGGAUGGGAUCAGAUGGAGGAGGGAGGCACCUGCACAUGGACUGAACUCUUAUAGCCAGAGGGAGAGGAGGGGGGACAUGAGGUCAGGGAGAGACCAGCCAUGUGGUGGACAAAAACACAAAGGCAUGGUGUGGAGGGGGCUGAGGUCAGCUGGUCUGGCCUGAUGUUUGGACCUUAUGGACCUUAGAAAAAAAGCACUGACUGUGUGUGUUUAUGCAGUGCAAUACAAAGCCGACACAUGAAGUGUAAAGUUACAUAACAGGACCUCACAUACAAAGGAUAAACACAAGUAGAUAUGCAGUAGUUAGAUUCAGCAUUAUUCUCAGCUGAGGGAAGGACAUGUGUCAUGAUUGUACCAGCGCAGGAGGUUUCGCUUCUUGUUCUUUUUUAUUUUGAUUUGCUCAAGAUAUUUUUCAACCCUGUCAACACUUUGUUUCACACUGCUGUAUUUUAAGACAUUUUUUUGGACUUUUCACACCUUUACUGGAAGGAAGUGACAAUGAAUAGAGAAGGAAACCGGGGGAGAGAAGGGAGUGACAGGCAGAAAAAAGAACAUGGGUCAGAUUCAAAACCGGCUGCCCAGUUGGAGAACAACCUCGUCUGGACAUGAAGUGCUCAGCUUCUACUUAGUCAAACUGCUGCUCCUUUACAGUUUGUUAUAGUUAUUUUUAAGAACAGUUAAAGACAGUUAAAUGCUAGAUAUUAGUUAGUGUUAGAUCCCAUUUUGAAACAGGAGAAGCAGUGGUUUCUGCUGCCCUCUUUAGUUUUAUGUUCAUUAUUUAACUGUUAAGAGUUACUGUGCUGUAACAAUACACACAUGCAUCAGUUUUUGUUAGCUCAUGCAGCCAAACUCCUCAAAUUGUCCAGAAAUUGCCCAAGUGCAGCUGAUUGUGUGAAGACAAACAACAGAUUUUUUUACACAAACUUUAUCUAGACUUUCCCUCUCAUAAAGUUUCCCUUAAGAAGUUGGGGUCAGCAAAUGUGGUAAUGCAGUAGGUCAUAGAAAAUUCACCAAACACAGGUUUGUGGAGUUGAUGACCCUUAUACAAUUUGACCCAUGCAACUUUCUUGCACAGAAUGAGGGUGUUUCAUUCUUUUUAAAAAUUGUCAGCAUGUUCUUUUGUACUCAUUUGUUGAUACAGUAAAUACAUCACUUUCUUCAGGGGCUGGUGGCCUUGAAACCUUCUUGAAACUGUAAGAAGUGAAUGUGUGGAAAGGGCUUUAGAGUUUUUUCCUCACAGAAAAUUAUUGUCUCUCCGGUGUUUUUCAGUCUCCUUUUGAGACCCUGCAUGACUCCUCUCCAACAUCUGUUCCGAUAGCACAGUGCCUCUGCAGUUUUACAAGUAUCUAGUGUCUAGUGCUGAGCCUAUUCAAUUAAUCUAGUCUCAAAUCUUUAGAAAACUGCUUAAUGAAAGGAAUUAGUAAAUCAAAAAUACCUGAAGUUAUCUAAUUCUAAGUUGCCCUUUGUGUUGAUUUACUUGUAAGGUGAAAUUCCUUGCUUUCCUUAUGGAUUCUGUCUGCAAUGUAAUGAUUUUGCUGAGUCUACUCUAAGUCUUCCCUUAUAGUAAAACAUUCUGAGAUAACUUUUGUCAGGAUUUUAAACUUUUACAAAACUUUUAUAAACAUUUACUUAACUUUUACGUGGUUAAACAGUUACAAACUGUAAAUCGGUCUACGUUAUAACUCUGCAAAAGAAAAACACAACGAGGACUUGUAGUUCUUGAUCUGAGUUCGUAGGUCUCUUAAGUCACUGUGGCAACAAUUUGUCUUGUGACAGUCAUGGCAAACUGGCAACACCAGAAGUUUGUUUGUGUAAUGAUAUUCAAACAUUAAUCCCAAGAGUACUUUAAGAUCCUCAGAGAGAUGAUCAGGCAGGUUCAGGAGCAAUAAGAAGUGUCUUUUUGUGCCUUGUUGUUGGAGAUGUAGAUGAGGAAAUAGCUAAUGAAGGCAUUUUUGUGAUCACAUUUCACAGCAGUCAGCUACAAGUUCUUAAAAUAUUGAAGUUAAUGGCUAAGGAAAGACUAAAUGCUGGUGGUGCUAGCUCUGCUAAUAUUAGUCGUGCAUUGCUAACCAAUUUGUAAAUAAUUAAAUGUGGCUGAGUUUUGACUUUUUUCUAGGAUGUUUUUUUUCUUUUACCCCUGAACCAACCAGUCUGUCUGAAUUCAAAUUUGUAUCUAAAUAAAUAGAAAAUUUGUUUUGAUACCAAUAUCAGGAGAUGCCUGAAAGUACAGCUUUAAAAGCAGGUAUCAAGCAUUUAUGAGCACAAAAAUCAUGUGGAAAUCAGUUUUGUUAAAGAAAAGCAGCCUACAUAGCAAGUUGUGCUCAAAGUUCAAAUCUGUUCAACAACCAUGAAUGUACAGUAUUAUUGCUAACACCAGCAAGAUGAACUGAUGAAGAUCUUAACUGCAUUUAGCUUUCAGCAGCUCUUCUGCACGCAUCAGUUUUUCUCAAGUAUUAUGUGACCGUACCAGACGACAGUGGCAUGCUCGCAGAGGGUGUGAUGUUGAAUCUAAGCUGAGUGAUGCUGUUUCAUGUUGAAAAUCAGACAUUCCUCAGCACUGUCAUGUCUGCUAAGUUUCUUUUUACUUCGGUUUAUUCAUUGGUUAAGUUUCCUUUGUUUUUGCACAUUCAUGUUUCAUGUCAUGUCCUUCCUGUUUUAUUUUGUUGAUCACUUACCCUCGUUUCUGUCUUCUAGACUUGUCCCUGUCUUGUCACACCUGCCUCCUGAUUGUUUCUCCCCACCUGUUUCCUAUCACCCUCAUUACCUCUUGUAUUUUACCCUGUGUGUCUCACUGUCUCGUCUUGAGUUCGUUGCACUUCUUGUCUCAUUCCAGCAUUAUUCAUAUUUAUUGAUACUUGUUUACUUGUGUACUUUUUUUGUAUACUGACCUCUGCCUGAGCUUUAAUAAACCCUGUCUGUUAGACAUACUGAUUCGGUGUCUUGCCAUUGUGUCUCCCGUUCUGCGCCUCGUUUCAUGACAAGCACAGCUGAGUGGAAAGAUCUGCAGGCUGAUCCACUGAUAUUACUUUGUUUACUUUCAUACAUUUGGAAACACUGAAGUUAGGGUGACCACAUUCUGAAUCCCCAAAAAGAGGACAUGACUACGGGGGGAGUAAAUUUUGAAAGUUUUUUUGGGUCGGGGUGAGUGUUUUUUAUGCGCUUCUAACUCAGUUAGUCCACCGACACAAAAUCAAAACUCCCAUACAAAACCCCAGACAUUUGAAGGAUUUUAUAAAUUCCCCCGGACAAGGCCGGACAAUUCCCCCAAAAAGAGGUCAUGUCCGAAUAAAGAGGACAUAUGGUCACCCUAACUCAAGUACACAUUUGAUCCUAGAUUUCUCCAGAUAGUCCUCUUUCUUUUUGCUAAUAUCUGAAAAAUUUGGACUUUUAGGUAUGAAAAUAUUUAUUAGUAAGAAAUAGAUUUUUAUCAUCUGUUUUUUGAUUCUUGAAUGUCAGUACAGUAGACAAGCUGAAUAAAAAUUGUAUAGUACUAGUAUGAUACUGUAAAUAGUAAGUUGGUGUUUGUGUACAGGCAGCAGUGGCUGCUGUGAUUCAGGGUGAAGAGACCCGAUGUUACAGCUUGUUGGGAGGUGGCAGGGCAGGCUAGUGCUGUCCUCAGGGGAUUAAGAGCAGAACUGAUGGACAGCGAGCUGAGAUGGGAGGUUUCUCCUCCAAUCAGCCAUCUGCUGACAUCAGGAUGGUGAGUGGUCAAUUUAAGUGGACUUACCACUGCCUCCAUCUUUUUGCUUAGCUGUUGCGUGCUGACACAUCAGGUGUACCCAUCGUGGAUAAAGUGGUCUCAGAGAAGUCUUCAGCUUCUGUCCUGAUACACUCUUGGUGUUUCUUUUUCUCUUAAGAGUAGCAGCUUGGCUUGUAAAGUCAUCGCUCUCAUGCACUCUUUCUUUGGGGUUAACUGAAGUGGGUGUUGUUGCUCCUCCCUGAAUGGGACCAUUAGAGACCAGAGGUUCUUCAAAGGCUUUCAAGAUCACAAUGUCUUUUGUUGUAACACAUGCUUGCUUUCAUGUUGACUCAAGGCCCAGCCCUCCUCUCUGUCAUGGUAAAUAUAAGGCCUUUAGGUGUUUCUCAACGGACAGAUGGACAAACAGCAAACACACAAAGCCAGAAGAUCAUAUUUGAACAUCUAUUGUGUAAGCUAUUUGAUCUGAACAUAAUGAAGUGAUGACUCAGACCUUCACAGCUAUUGUUCACUUUUUCAACAGACAGCAGAAAGCCAGGCCUAGGGUCUGAUUUAUGAACCACUUGAGAUCACUUCAGUACAACAGCUAUGUCUUUCAGUAGAUGAACAUGAGUAGAUCAUGGGUCAGAAGAUGGAGUGUUGUAGUAAAAGAAUUUUAAGGUAAGGGACCGAAAACUUUGCCGAACUUGAUUUACUUUCAGAUGUUCAAGUUUACUGUAACAGUUGAUGCUUAAAGGAAUAUUCCAGCGUAAAUAUAAAUUAGGGUCAAACACACCGUAACACCGAGUUAGACUUCCCCUCGAGAGAUGAAUAUUGCCGACUGCUUACUUCUCUAGUUUUACCAACUUUAGUAAUGACCCCAGAUAGCAAUACACAGUGGUCUACGUCUCCACGUGUAAACUUCAACCAAAACGCCACUCUAUAGCCACAAAUAAUGCUCAGAACAGCACCUAACUUCAUCAACAGUACAUAUAGGGUCCCAGCCAUAGUACUAGCCACCAAACAUCUUUUUAACUUUGCCUAAUUUCUUCAGCAAAGUAAACACAACUCACCGACUCUCCUCCAGCAGCUGCUUGUUUGUGGGGGAAGCCCUGAGGAGUGGUCUGAUUGCAUUUCCAUGAAGUAAUGAUCAUAAAUGUUCUUCCUUGAGCUGCGAAACUCCACUGCACUCAGUGAUCGGUGCGUUUGACCCUAACUUAAUUUCAUGCUGGAAUAUCCCUUCAAAAGAGACAUGUCUAAUGUGCCUUAUCUCCAAUUACUUUGCUGAUGGAUUCCCAUGAUAAGCAAGUUCCAGUUUACAUAUCUUGCAGGCGGCUCUUUUCUGUCUAGAAGUUUUAAGACGUAAUGAUGUUGCAUCAGCCGCCACUGUUUUCUAUGUCUUGUUGCUUCCUGCCACUGUUCUGCGUGUGGCACACUCAGCAGAGGUAAAAAGGAUGUGAGAUGUCUCGCGCCUCAGCAAUUUAUUUUGCUGUAUUUUGUUCACCUGUUGCUGUCUGGUUGCUGUUUCUAUCCUCGCCAUUCUCGGAAGACAUGGUGCAAGAUGUCUCACUUCACUUUAAUUUAACACCAUCCAAAUCAAUCUUUUUACCUGUCUGUCAAAACACCCAGUUUUCUCCCCCUUAUUUGUGGGUUGUGUUGGCAGUGUCUCAAGUGAGGUAUUCGAGACUACCUUCCCCUGAGAACAUUUCAAGGCCAGACAAGACAUUUAAUCUCAUGAGCAAGUUCUCAGUCUAUCCCUGGGUGUCCCCCUACUUGUGCAUUCCUGAUAAAUCUCCAAAGGGAGGUGCCGAGGAUAACCCCCCUCAGUCGGCUCCUCUAGAUGGAGCCUCUUCAGAGUUCUUUGGGUGUCUGAGCUCCCAGCCUCUCUGAAAGGAAACCCGACUCAGCUGCAUAUGUGUGUGAUCGCACUCUUAAGGUCCUUUUCUCCACAGCUGAUAAACACAGAUAUGUUCUUGAGUGUAGAUCGACUGGUAAAUCUAAAGGCUUUCCCUCUGGCAGGUUUCCAUAAUUGUCUGAUACAACCACUCAGCUGUUUUUUUACCCUCACUUUCACCAGACACGAGAAACAUGAGAUCUUUUUUUGGCCUGAUACCUGGAAGUGGCUACUCUCAACUUGAGCACUCUGUCUCACCUAUGAACCACAUACUGAAAAACCUGGAUGUGGUCUUAGUGACGUCACCCAUCAGUUUCAGCAGAGAUGUUAUUAACCCCAGCGAUGACAGUUUUGGUUUUUAACAUUAAUGCAUCAAAAUCUUGAAUCAAUAAUCAACGGGGACAUUUCCCACCAGGUUUUCAUCCAUUAAACUCCUCAGUUUAGAGUUCAUUGUUGCAGAAGAGUGAUAUAUCAUUUAAAUAAAUAAUGAUAGUCACAGUUAUGACACUGCUUAUUUCAGCUUUGCAGAAAAAUCUGCUUCACCAGCAAUUAAAAGCCUGGAAAUGCUGUCUUCUCAGUGAGAGUAACAGUGAGAGCAAUGCUGAAUAAUUCUGUUAAAACUUGAAAAACAGAAUUUCACAAUCAUCUCUGUAGCUGUUUUCCUGUGAUAAAUUUUUUAUCUCCUUUCUUUAAUUAGUCAUACUCUCCAAGUUUCUUUUGCAGACAUCAGCCCUGUCAUUUCAUUUUGGGAUUUCCCUUUUCACAUCUUUGUUUCUCCGAUAUAUUUUCCUCUGCUUCAAAGUAUCAUUGAAGCUCUGUUUGUACUUAUCAUUUAGUAAUUUCUCCUUUUUUAAAGAGGCGUUUUUUGUGCGAUUGUUGAAUGGUUGAUGAGUUCUUCUUUGACAGUUUAUGCAGUUUCUUUUUGUCAUAAUGUCCCACAAGAUCAGAAAUCACAUCACUGCUAUCGUGUUCAAUUUCACUCAUUAGAUAAGAAAGAACGAAGCCAGUGUCGUAGAGUACUCUUGUUCCAAGAGCCUUGAGUAGACACAUUCAGAAAUUUUGCCCCAGCUACUGGUUAUUUUUAGCACUGAUUAAUCUGUUGUAAUUUUUCAUUAUUGUUCAUAAAUGAUCUGAAAGUUAUAAGAAGAAGCUUACCAAAAUUUCAUAAAGCCCAGUCAUAGUUUUUUUUACAGAUUCUGAAAAGAGUGUAGAAUCUCUUCAUAGGGGUUUGGAUUUCACUUUGGGAAGUUUACCCACCAGAUUGUCGGAUCCCUCAUUCUCAACAGCUUGCAUCAACUUGAAACAACUUGCACCUUGUCGAGACGAUCAAUUCAAAAGCCUUCUGUUAUAUUUGACACUUUCAAACCGUCAUUGAGUAGUUUCCAGCGUCUUUGGAAUAAAACUAACAAUGCUGACAGCUAUGCUUUGGCUUUGGCUCUUUUUGGUGUUCUUUGACAUGAUGAGUCUUGAGAUGCUUGAUUUAAUUUGCUGGCAUAAUGCAAUUUAUGCAGCAACUUUCAGCCCCGAAGAGCAUCAGCUUCACACAUAUUGUAAGUUUUUCCCCAGAGUUGAGGAAGAGGCAGCACUGACAAGCUGUGCAACAGCAAAUGUUGAAUCCCAGAUGCAAGUACCUUGCGAACAGGUACUUUGCAAGAGGCUCAGAGAAAAAUCACCACUGAUAAGACUGCAAAGUAUGCACGAAUCAGAUCAAGUGUUCAGUAGUAAUUUAAAACUGAUUUUUUUGAAAACGUGACAGUCCUCAUGGUUGGGGAUGGAUUUUCUCCUGCAUGUCUACGCCUCAGUGGGACUCAAACUGGUUUAAACCUUUCUCUGCAUGGUCCACAGUUUGCACACAGUGCUUGGACCUGGAAGACACACAAUAAAUGUUUUGAAAGUAGUUGAUAAAACCUCAACAGAAAAAGGGAAGAAAAGAAAAUCACCAACUUGUUGUAUUGUAUGUCUGAAAAGUCACAGGGCGGCAGUAGCUUAGGAGGUAGAGCAGUCGUCCAUCAACUGGAAAGUUGACAUUGGACUCUCCCCCUAUCCCUUGUCUGUCCAUUGUGUCCUUAGGCAAGACACUUAACCUACCUUGCUCCCAGUGUGUGUCCUCCGCUGGUGUAUGAUUCCUAUGUAAGUCACUUUGGAUAAAAGCGUCAACUAAAUGGCAUUGUAAUCUUGUAAAGGUACGGAUCUGUAACAUUGCUGGCUUUGUUCUCACCAGGAAGCCUCUUGCUAACUUUUUGGUCGAUUGUUUUCGCAUGUCGACAUAAGUCAACCAGUAGACAGACCGAUAAUAGCUGUAAGUGUACAUAUCAUCACCAGACGUAGUAGAGGUCAAGAAAUGGUUUUUGCCCAGUGCUUGUAUGCUGAGACAAGGACAGUCUUUCAGUUUGUAUUUUCUGUCUGUACGCUUUAUCUGUAUUCUUAUGUUUAAUGACUGCAAAAAUGAAUGAAUGAAUGCAUAAAUAAAUGAAUGUGGUUGUAAAAUCUGUAAAAAAACAAGUUGAAAAAGCCAGCUUUUAAUAUCCGGUUGUAGCAUUUGAAGUUCAUGUCCGUCAAAACUUGAGAUCGUUUUGAUGGGAUAGGAAAAGAUCUCCUCCUAAGGCAUCUUCUUUAGUAAAUCAACAAGUGCCUAUUCUUGAAUAAUCCCCAUCUUCACCUGCAACUCUACCUCCACCCCCACACUCUUCAUCCUCGUACCAUGAAUCAAGGAUAACCCAUUUGUCCUCUUGCUAGAUUAAUCUCUUUGACAGUAAGAGCAGGACAAAGUGUGUUUAUACAAGAGUCUAAAAGUUUGUUGGCAUGUGUGAAAUGUAGUGUUGUCUCUAUGCAUACACCUAAAACACCCGCAUACGUUAUUUUUCUUAUUUGUGAAUGUGUGUGCGUGCUUUGAGUCUAAAGCAGCAGCAGGAGGUCGUAGUAGUUAGCCCAUUAGCCAACUGGCUAACUGGGCUAAUCAGUCUUCCACUUUAUUGGCCAGACAGUUGGAUAAAAGCCAAGUAGGGUGUGAACAGCUACUCUUGCUGUGUAUUACACACACACACACACACACACACACACACACACACACACACACACACACACACACACACACACACACACAUUAAUCCUGAGCCCUUUCCUCCCCUGACAGAUGGGCUAGCCUGUCAGGGAUUGCUAAGGAAUUUACCAGAGGAAUUAGGAAUUGUUUGUGUGUCUAUGUGUGUGUGUGCUUUGUAUCUUAGCGUAUGUUAGCUUGUGCGUCUGUGUGCGUGCUAACAGCAGACAGUGUCAUCUAAUCUAGCAUAACUAGCCUUUUUUUAUGACUCGCUCCAGGCUGCACAUAGUUGAGUCUGGCACUCAUCCUCAUUGAGCGUUUCUCUUGUUACUGAAAAACAAGCCGUCAUUCAGCCAGGUCCUUGAAUGCAUCGGGCAGAGCAUGGAGGCAUAGUGUCACUGUUCUCUGCCAUGCUGCUACAUGCCCUGAAACUGUGUUCAAGUGUUUGUAUAAAACAAAACCAAACAUAUCUGUUGGCGGAGUAUUCUGAGUUCAUGGAGAUGUUUUUGUGUGCAUAGAGACAGAUGAUGUGAUCGCCUGACAAAGAGUUCUCGUUGUGUGUGUGUGUGUACUGACAUGAUUGUGCAGCUUUACUCUGCGUUUGUGUUCCCAAUGGGAAAUAUGCUCUCUGAGUAUCUGGUAGUUGUAAUGAGAAUCAGCAGGAGGGGUUGAUGCGGCUUUGAUCCUCUACGUUAUCACACAGUUUUUUUUUUUCCCCCUCUUUUAACAUCUGAAUUUCAUCCCCCGAUUCUUCCCACCUCUAACCCCAAAUUGAAAGCAAAAGGAAAUCUGUGCUGGCUGUUCAUAUCUCCAGGCUUUGUAGUUGUUUGAUAAGCUUUAGAGUAAGAUGUUAUCAUUGUAAUGAGAAGUUACUUGACAGAUCAGUGGCUCUAUGUUUGGGAAACUGUAACAAGGGAGGGAGGAGGGGAAUCGGAGGUUGCUCCACUGAUGUUUCCAAGUUUCAGAGCAACUUUUAAGCAGUUUGUUUUUUAUUAUGUGGCUUCCCUGAAGACCUAAGCAGGAUGUGCACUAUUCAGAGGGUUAAGUUAUAAAAGCAAUAGACCACUCAUCUUUUCUUUCAGCUACCUAAAUAUGGGCUGUUAUUUGAAGGGGUAUUUGGAAAUAUUAUAAUACAUUACCAUGUUAUGCCAUCUACUAAUUCUUUUAUUGGGGUCAGUACUUUCCCUCUCAUCAGUGAGCUUACCUUUCUUCCUUUCAGCUCUGUUGCUCACCUUAUUUCCCCUUUCACACAGAGCACCUGCUUCUCUCUCUUUAAACACAUAACAGCACAUCACACCCACCUGCUGAUUUGUCACCUUCGUACGUGUCUGAUCAUUCGACAGUAUCCGUCAGCAGUUCUUUAUGUUAAGACGCCAGACUUGGAAAUAAUGGUAUCAAUAAUAAUGCGUAUAAUCCACCUUUCAAAACCAGUUGCAUUACAAACAUAAAAAUGUGUGUAAAGCUGAUAAUACAUAGUUACAGCGAGUGAUCUGUGUGUGAAUGUUGCAGUUUGCAGUGAUCAUGCUGGAGGAAACUGCAGAAACCAGCUGCUCAAUUUUAACACAGCAGAGUGGGAAAGUUUAUAUUUGUCAAAACAUAGUGUCUUUAUCAUACAUAAAAGAGAUUUACUGUUGGAGUUCUCUCUCUCGCUGCAUAGAUCAUGCUGCAGGUCAUUAGAUGCAAAGGGCAGAAAGAAACAAGAGAUUGUCUAGUUAAUUGAUCGCUGAUAGCAAUCUUACAGCCUACUGGUAUUUCAUACAGAGAGAAAAAGUAAUAACAGUAUAAUUUGGCCCAUGUUGUAAGAUUUAGACUAAUUGUAAUCUCAUGUUUAACACAUCUGGGUAACAGGUAAGGGAUAAUGUAGUGAGAUGUAGUGAGAUUGGUGAUUAAUGAUUGUUCAGCCUUUAACUACUAAUAUAAAGUUUACACUCUCCAAAUAAAUUCAAUUAUAUCCUAAAUGUUGUCCAUGAAGCGUAUUGCAUUCACCAAAAAAAAAAAAAGAUAUGUAUUUCAGACGAAUUGUUUUUUCCUAUUCUCUGGGAUAAUGAUCAUUUUCAUCCCCCUCUGCUCGAUUUAUUGGAAGCAAACAUGGCCCACUUGUUUAGUUGAGUCAAGUUUUACUUUCUUUUGGGCUUAAGACACUGGUAGGGAGACUCCUUUCUUUAAGUCCGAUAGAUGGAAUCAUCAUAUGUUUGUCUACUUUGCGCAGGCGCUUCAGGAUUUGCAUACCCUAUGUUUAACUAAUAACAUGCCUUACUCUCAUUGACCCCGUUGUUGAAGUUAUCUAGGAGCUGGAGAAUCCGCUGAUUUGGAGCAAUGCUAUCUGAUUGUAUGAGAUUCUUGCAGGAUUUUGAAGUAUCUCAUUUAGUCGGAAAAAAAAAAAAAACAUGAAAAAAAAUAGUACGAAAAACAGAAAUAGGGAAAAAAAUAUUCGUACAAAAAACAGAAAGAAGAAAAAAAUGUUAGUACAAAAAAAAACAGCAAAGAAAAGAGAAAUACUCAAAAAAACAAUUUCCUUUUUUGUAAGUGAAUGCAAAAUGUUGGGUACUGCAAUAAUGUAAAAAAGUUGUUUUUUGUCAACUUUGGUUAAGUUAAAUAAAACUGCAGGGAGUAGUAUGAGCUGCAAAUGACAGAAUUUUAUCAAGAAUGUGUUACAAGAUGAAUAUGAUGAGAUGCAAUAAUGAUCCAUCCAUCUCUUGAAAAAACAGUAAAAUUAUGAUAUAUUUUGAAUGAUGAAUCACAGAGCCUAAAGCUGGGUACAGAAUUUUUCGUAAUUGCCUUAAAGCACCAGUCAACAGUAAAGGUAAGCUUUGCAGUAAAUUGUUAGGUGUUGACGGUAAAACUGCUGUUGUCUGCACUUUGUGGAGCGGUGGGAAAUUUACAUCUCAUUUAAAAUCAGGUUUCUUUAUCCCCUGCUGCAAUGUUUUUGACAGUCAUUUCAGUGAUGCCCUGCACAUCGCUUGAUUUUAUGGAGGAGCAUUACUUAUUUUCUGUGAUACCCAUUUUAGAAAGUUCAUCUCUCAAGGGGGGAGUAAUGAAUAAGCCUGAGUGUUUAUUGAUGAUAGCAAUAAAACUUUCCAAUAUUGGUCAGGCCAUAUUCUCUCAAGUGCCGACCACAAAUGAUCUUUUUAUGUCUAACCAACAAAGGCAUUUAAUUCUCAGAUCAAGCAGAGGAAUAUCAAGCUUCAACCGCCAGCAGAGACUGAUUGGAAAAAUACUUUAACAUAUAGAUGUUGGGCAUGCUUGAUCAAUCUACAACUGCCAUAAAAAGCGAUGUUAAGUAUUUGAUCUGACAAGUUUAUUGCCUCACGCCCAAAACAAACAUUAAAAUAACAUAAGUUGGUAUCUUUUUCAUUCUGAUUUCAGUGUGAUGUGGUGUCAGCAGUGUUUCGAUCCAUGCCCCUUUACCUAAAUGAGAAACAUAACGACUUUUCCGUCCAUGUGGGAGUAUGUGACCUCAUACUGGUGUUUGGGAUAGUCCAAUAAUCACAACAGUUAAACAACCAGCGGGAGGGGGGUCAUUGAGCAAAGUGGCCUCUGGGAAAUUGAUUUCAUUGUUUGUUGUUUUGACCUCAGCAACGUAAACGGUAAUGACCUCCAGGGUUUGCUCCAGUUUUUUCACUGUGAUAAAUGAGGUUGGUGAAAAAUGAUCAAACUUAAUUAGAUCAGGUCCUCAGAUUACACUUAUUUAAGACUGUGAGUCUUUUCCAACACGAGUGUGACUUUGAAGGAGGAAACUUUCCAUCCAAAACAAGUUUUUUGGAAAGGAAAUCCCUGUUAUUAGGCUGAUGAGGAAGUCUUGGCUUUAUGAACAGAAGUUUUUCCACUUCAGGCAGGUGAACUCUGCAUGAACUUGUGUCAUAUUUCCUCUCAUUACACCCCGGUCCUCCUCAGUAAUAGCUGUGGGUCUAGGACAUGGAUUGGUUUCUGUCAUCACUCAGCCAUCUUGUUACAGGACACACAGUAUAAAGAAGAAAAGGAACAUCUCAUUAGUCUAAUAUGGACAGGGAUGGAGUUCUUGCUGCUUUGAGUGUUUGUCGUUGGUUGAGAAUAAUCUGGGUUUCUUUUGGACGAAUAUAUUCAGUAUAUUCAGAUGUCCUUGCAGCUACAGUUUCAUGAAGACUUAUUGGGUUGGGUUUCCUGCUCAAGCAAAAAUGUUCAAAAGAUGACUGAAUGUGAUUUUCUGUUCUUGACCUCCUUAGGAAAUUGAAUUUUGGAGGGGUCCUGAUAUGAGAUUUUGAAGUCAAUACGACAAAACUUAACAAAUCAAGAAGGCGCUGACUCAGCACAGUCACUCUACAUACUUGUAGUUUUAUUUGUUGGUAUAACGGAGAAGAAGAAGAAGAAGAAGAGCAACAAGAACAGCUAGAACAACAAGAACAAGAACAACAGGAAGAACAACAGCAAGAACAACAAGAACAACAGCAAGAAGAAGAAGAACAGCAACAAGAACAACAACAAGAAGAAGAACAACAAGAACAAGAACAAGAACAAGAACAAAAACAACAACAAGAACUCAGGCAGCACAGUCCUCAGUGUCCCUCUUGUCACUCACUAUUCAUCUUCAUCAACUUGUAGUAACUUGUGUAGACUGUGGUGCCUUAAUGCUGUUGGUAGAACCUGUGCAGCAUGUCAAUAAUUAUGACGUGGCAUUUGAGUGUAAAUGAGGAAUUUACGCCUUUAAUAUACGCCUCUUUAUAAGGCUUAUAUCCCACUUUUCCAAUUGUAUGUCAGAUAUGUAUCCAAGGGUAAAGGGAAACGACUGUGGCUAAGUGGUUCACAAAUGGGAGGAUGGGGUUAGGUCCCAUUUCCCACUGUCCACAUUUGGAAGUGUCCCUCGACAAGAUGUUUAUCACCAAACUGCCCCCAACGCUGUGCUAUCAGUGUAUAAUGGGAUUAGCUGAUGGGCUCUUUAGAUAGGGGCCUUGGCCUUCAGUGCGUGAAAACAAUGUUAAUAGGUUGAAGUGAUAUGUAAAUGCACUUUAAAUGGACAGAGGACUUGAGAAAGUGCCAUAAACAUAGUCUAUUUACCAUUUACAGGGCCGUGCAUUGUGCAGCAUCAAACCAUAAGUUGAUCGGAUCUUUACAUCCUCAUGAAUAGAGCUAACAGAUUUAUUUUCCUCCAUAGUAAAGGACAAAGUUGCAAAGUGUUUUCAAGCUUCAUGCCUGCUUUUUACAGAGUACAUGGAAAUAAAGGAGGAACCAUCCAUUGAAUGGGAUAAGUUGAGCAAACAUGAUUUGAAUGGUAUGUAAAGUGUUUUGUCCCCCAGGUGUGGAGUCCAGACAUGUUAUGCAACAUGAAGCCUGCAGGUGUGUUUAAUCUCAUGUUGUUUUGCAGGAGAACAUACAUGUAACAACCCUUGUACAUACCAACAAACCUACCCUCACACUACAGACUAUCUGUUUCAUUUCCACAUGGCUCAUUGUCAGAGAAUAUUGAAUGAGUCUGACCUAGUUGCCAGCGGCACCACGGGAAAUUACUCUCUGCAUUUUUAACAAUGGAGUAAAUUUAUUGGAUAAUGUGGCCUGGAGCUGUUUUGAUGUGAAGUUCUUUUUUUUUUCUCUAAGACCCAGUUCUAGCUUUUAUUCUUACAGUAAAGAUGCAGCCGUGGAGCAGCUGAUGAAGAAUUGAUGAGGCUAAAGUGUGUCACUUUGCAGAUGUCGUGUAUGCCUAUGCCCUGGAGUGUGGCGUGCACUGUUUACACUGUCCUCUCUUUCCUCUGUAGUGUUAGGAUACUCCGUCAGUGAACUCCAGCUGCAUCAACAGUACUGCCUGUUAACUCACACAGUCAUGAACAGACACACACACACUCAUACUCACAUGUGGACCUGUUUCUAAGCUAAGUCAGAGUCUCCCAGUACAACCAGAGGUAAAACAAAAGGUUGAAGCCGGUUCGUCUGUAGCCCGCUCAGCUGUAUUUAAAUUGUUUCUGAUGUAGCUUCAGGGGGUGUCUGCAGUCCUCACUUAGCCCUCAGCAUUAACAUUCAUCUCAUAUCAGACCGUGACAUAGCAGGAUUACAGCUGAUAACGCCUCAAAAUCGGAUGUUUCUCCUAAGCUCAUUCAACUGACAUUUAAGUGAAGUACAUAUACAACUUAAGCCUUACUGAGGAUAUGCUAAAACAACAUUUUGUCACAUAACUUUACAGAAAACUUUGAAAGAGUUUUGAAAGUAAAACGUUUUUUGAUGGUCUUAAAAGUGCCAGCCAUAGGAAGCUACUCAAGUCAUCCUGUCACAAUAUUUAACAUCCUAUUAAACGCCUAACAUUACUCAGACACUGUGAUGAAAAUUUCAAGAAAUUGUCCUAGUGGGCUGCAUGUGUGAAUGCGAACGGCUGGAUAUGCUGGCCUCGACUUUGCGCAGCUUUGCCCCUGCAAGCCUGCCACCUUUACAUGAAGUCUGAUGGGAGGUCAGGCAAUGCCAAUGUCGAUUGGUUUUGUGACACAUCAUUGAGAAAAAAUGCGUCUCAGUGUAAACGUUGGAUCUAGAAUACGUAUACUAGCUGUUGCAAACAGAUUUCUGUUUAUAGGGGGAAACAAUUCAUUCUUAAAAUAGCUGACCGCAUACACCAAAUCUGCUGAGGUAAUUUCUCAGACUUAUAAAAAUACCAGAAUUUACAUUUCUUUACCAAAUUUUCUAUAGCAAAUUUGUUUUUCUUGAUUUCCAACCCGCACACAGUGCUGCAACAGAAAGUCGGUGAACACAGAUCAACAUUUCGCUGAUAUGAAAGGCAAACUAAAUUACAUUUUUCCUAAAAUGUAGGCCUACGACCGAAAUAAGAUCUCCUCACUGGAUUAUCAUUCUUAAUCUGAACCCGCGCACAAGGACACCACACUCUGCUGUUCACCGUGCGUGCACACUCAUUCAGUCCCUUCUGUUCCUCUGUGUACCAGAUGAUGAUCACAGUUUGAGUUCACAGCACAAAGUGAUCACAAAUAAAUAACUCAGUCUGUUUUUGAGGUAGUUUUCUUUUGAGAGUCACUGUUUCGAAACUGAUGUUUAGGUAACAAGAAAGGUGCCCGUGCUGUGCAGUGUGCUCCAUUUUUCGUGCCUUUGUUAAUGCUAAUACAGCGCUUUACAAAGAUAUUCUCUCAAACCUUUAGUGGGUGUAAUAGACAGACACAGAGCACAGGACUGCAGCAGCAAGCAAAUCAAAUCAAAUCCAGCACCUUCUUCUACACUUGUGCAGAGAUGUGGAUGCGUUUAUAAGUUCUUUAGAGUGUAACCUCAGCAAAACAAUCAGAGAAAGAUUUCAUUUUUCACUUUUGCAGUGUUGCUGUUGACUUUAUCAGCGCUCCCUCUUCACUUUGUUGCUAUGCCAGUCGACCUUCACUCUCUCACUUUCAUUUUCAGUCACUCACAGCAAUUUAGUUUAUUUUUCUUAGACUCUGGUACCUUUUGAUGCUUUCAAAUGUAAAAUAAAAUGUUUUAUUGUUUUAAAAUAUGUGAUAUUAAAUAGGGGUGUCCUGAUACAACUUUUUUUUUUACCUCCAAUACGAUACCGAUAUUGUAGCCUUCAAUACUGGCCAAUACCGAUAUUGAUCUGAUAUUAGAACAAACUUGUGCAUGACAAGUUUUGUACUCAGCUGCCAUGUAUUUUUCAGACUUUUAUGAAAAAUACUGCCACACAGCCGACAUCACUCCUUGGUAUUUUGUUUGUACCUUAGUACACACUGUUGUUGUGAUCACAUGGGCUCUACCUGCUGGAUUCGGAUGCUGUUGGAUAGAGGUGCUGGAGCGGAGUCUGGAAUGGACUGCUAAUAUCGGAGUGCUGAUAUCGGAAAUUUUAAGCUAGUUUAGCGCUUGGCUAUAAGGCAAGCGCUAAAAUCACCUUUGUAUAUGUAGCCAUCUUGUUUCUGCCUCCGAUUUAGCUUUUUUCCGACUUGGUAACGGAAACGCUGGUAACUCGGGUGUGACGUCAUUUUCAGCUCUGACAUCUGACUUCCGAGGUAGGUCGAAUGCUGAUGUAAUCUGAUGUUUGAUCUUUUGUUGAUAUUGGACCAAUACCCGAUAUCGGUAUUGUAUCAGGACACCCCUGAUAUUAAACCUUAUCAAAGUGUUGCAAAUUUUGACAAAUUUAUCUCAGAUUACAAAUGUACUACAAACAGAAAUAAAAAUCUCCCCCAUACCAAAAGCUAGACCCUGAGCAUGGUUUUCUCAGUUGAUACUGAUGAGGUAAUACCCAGCUGUACUUCGCCUAAACAGACUGACCAUGAUCCUAAACUAAAGCGUUUCCUCUCUGUUCUUUUGGAGGGCUUUGCAGGAAGCUUCAGUUUCCUUGUCUCUUCAGGUAAAUGAAGUCAUUUAAAAUCCUUUACAGAUAAUAUGUCACAUGUGUAACCAUAGACGUAUAGCAAUAACAAAAGGGCCUCUAGCAGAAACAAACACGUUCACAAUCAUGUGUUUGAAGCCGUAUUAGGAGCUGAGUGGGACGGUGGGAGUGCAGCCAGGUCUCUGCCUCGGUGGUUUGGUUUGAGGCCUGUGUUUACCCUCUCAGUAAUCAGUGCACUUAGAUGGAUGUGUUUCUCAGAUAAGUGUUCCUCUUGAUGAGGUCCUUACCUGACCGCAAGUCAUUUAUCUGCACAGACACAUGAUGACCUUAAAUUACCCCCUUUUUCUCGCUCCCCUGUACUUUGGUGUCGCCUGGGGCUUCUGCGACUGCUCUGUUUUUCUGCCGGGUUACUCCUCCUCACCACCAGUCCUGAAUCAAGUGUCCUGUUCUGCUUUUGUUAAUGAGACGCCAGUGUGGGCGGAAGUGGGUUUGAAUUCCCUGCGGCAAAACUACUCUAAGGAAUAUUUUCCAGCUAUAGAUUAGAGGAAGAGGCCCUGUGUAAAGGCUUUAUUUUACCAGAUAAAAGCAGAGUAUUUUAGUGCUUGGAAACAAUUAAACAUUUUAGUAACACAAUUGUCAUUAUUUAAAAUUUUUACCUUCAAGUCUUUUUCUGCUUACAAAUCAAAUCCCUCGCCCAUUUGGAUUUUCACAUCACAGCGAGGAACAUGCACUGCUGGUGUAGAUUCUGAAAGUAAACACCAUGUGACCCUCUUAGUUAACUAGUCUGUUUGUGUGCCUCAGACAUUAACCGAGCACAGAGUAGAGCAGGACAUCAUUGUCUAAUCUGCCCCUCUAAUCAAGUGUUUUCUAGCAACCGUCAUGAUGUGCCUGCAUGUUUAAAUUUGACGGCCAUGUGACGCAGAUACGGACACUGCCUGCACAGCAAUCAAAAGGUUUAAAAAACAGCUUCAUGUACGGGAUUUCAAACAGAAAUUUCUUGUAGAUUACUCCUGGACGACAAGGAAGUAGUGUCAGCAUGAUGCCUUUCAGGUCAUAUAGCAGAUACGAAUAUUACAGAUAUGACUCUUAUCUUUUGGCCUCUGUCUCUUUGUAGAGAGCCGCCGAACCAGAUUUCUUCAAAGUCCACCACAGAAAAAUGACUGUAGGCUUUUAGCUAUAUACUCAGUAGGGGUGGGAAUCACUAGUGGCCCAAUGAUGCGAUAUUAUCACGAUGCUUGGUGUACGAUACAAUAUUAUAAUGUAUCGUGGACCAAGUAUCGUGAUAAUAUCCUAUCAACAUAAUAUCAACAAUAAGAUAUUAUCACGAUACUUGGUCCACGAUACAAUAUAAUCACGAUACUUGGGCCAUGAUACGAUAUAAUUGCAAUUUUGACGUUUUGCAGUACAGUGGGUAUUACGAUACAGUAUAUUGCGAUUUAUAUUUAUAUUUAGCAUUUGCCUUUCCUUUAUGUUUUUCUUAUUUACACUGUAUUUUAUUUUCAUGUUGCACAUCUUGCAAACCUUAAAUAUAUAUUUGUUGUACUAACUUUCUCCUGCUCUAUGAUGUCACCUCUGCCAACCUCACUGGACAAACAGUUGAUUUUAUUUCUCAAUUACCAUAGAUUUGACUUCAUAUUAGCAAUUAAUUUGAAAAAAUCAAUACUUGGUAAAUGAAACAAUAUGAUAUACCACCUGACAAACUAUCACGAUACUCUGCUGUAUCAAUUUUUUUCUCCCACCCCUAAUACUCAGUGUCUUGCUCUCUUCGGCUCUCACACUGGAAUGGGAAGGUUAGGAUGUAAACACUUUAUUUUGUUUUGUUGGAUUUAUGUCCCAAACAUCAAACCACUGUUUAAUACCAUCACAGGCCUUCAGUGACACUUGAUGAAGCUUUGAUAUCAUGGGACACUUUUGUCCUGUAGAACUGCAAAGUCAGUGAUGCAGUUAGAUUUAAUAGAGAAUAUCAAUCGACCGAGGCACAUUUAUUCUGUACUGGAGAUGUUAUUUGAUUGGAGAUAUUGAUUUAUUGAGAUACACCUCCAAUGAAACCUUAAAAGAAAACAUACUCAUCUUAUUCCUGCAGUUCAAUUUUCUCUGUUUAUGACCUGAAAACAUUAAUAAACAGCACACACUGACUGCCUCUGCUUUCAGUUAGCUAACCAACCAAGCGGAAAACUGUUCAAAACACCAGCUGCAUAAUAUGAACAUCAACCGCUCUCCUGCCCGCUUACUGCUAAUUCUCCAGGAGAUGCACUGCUGCUUUCUCACUUGAGCUUACCCCUGAAUUCACCCUGGAGAUAUACCAGGGGGCUGGAAGGAAAAUACCCAAGGUGAAGUCAGGAUAGCGAGUUUGGAUGAUUGUGGUUAAAGGUGAAGAUCACCUGGGUAAUUUUGGGAAGUUUAAUCAAAUGAUUUUGAGUGCAAAAUUGAAUGAAUGUGCUGCAAACAUUGAUCAAGUAUGAAAGAGUGAAAACUUAUCAAAAAGUUCUGUCAUGUUAAAGUAAACCCACAGCAAACAGUCUUUUUAGAAGUAUGUUUUUAUGCAUACUCUCCUCUUUUUCACAUGAAAAGACCCCAUUCAAAGACGUCUCAAAACGUGUUUUACAGCCAGAACAUCAGAUGCCUCUGCCAGCUGCAGUCUGGUUGAAGACUCAAACACAAACCAGCAUGCUCUUCAUGCUCUGAAAUCUUUUAUUUACAUUUCCAGCUUUUCUCUCUCCUCAGUAUUCUCUCUCUGAGCUGUGUGCGCACUCUUCUGAUCUUGCAGCGAGUGUUUUGUAAGGACCUUUGCAUGUUUUCUUGUUUAUCCACCUGACUCACUGAAAAACAGAACAGAUUCAUCUCCUCCUCCUCCUCCUCAUCUUCCUCUCUCCAAUUCCCUCUUCUUUUAAAUGCUUCUUCGCUUCUCCGUGAACUUAACAUCAAAGCACUCAGAUCCCUUUCUUCUGUGCAGGAUGCUUCAGCUGCUCUGAAAAGGUGCAGAGGGAGCACAACAGCAGUAGCUUGCAUGUGCAUCUGUUAAGGUUAUCAAAACACAGCAUCACAUGCUCUCUAGGCUUUGUUUUCCAUAACCACAGGAAACAAUAGAAAGAUUGUACCCCAACAUCUCCUCUCCUCGCUGCAGUAAUUUGCGUUUCCUUACACUUGAGCUGUCAGCGGGGAGCAAAGGCUGUAAUUUCCCUGUCUCAGCUAGAAAACAAAUGUUUCAGAUUUACUACACAUCUGUUUGUAGCAGCUCUGAGGGGCGAGGGGUAGGGACACGCACUCACACCCCCAUAGAUCCAACACGCUGGUGAUUUAAUUGAUCGCCAGAAGGAGCCCCCUACUACUUUUGUGCGAGGAGAGAACGAAGAAGGGAGGGGGGUAGGGAGCAGAGGGGAGAAAAGGGAGUUGACAGCUCUGCAGACACAGUCAGGGAGACAGUGAGCGAGUGGGGUAGCGUGGUGGGUGUGCUAUGUGAGGAAUGCCGGCUCAUGUUGUAACUAGAACUCCUGAAAGGCCCUGUUCUUUCCAUACCGCUGGGACACUUUAGACCCCGUUUUGGCAAGAAGCCCAACGCCCAACCCCUCUAUCUGUCUCAUCAUCAAUGUGACUUUUUGUGCCUGCAGGCUCUUGUUUUUAUGCUCUCGAGUCCUCAGCAGCAGCAGCAGCAGCUCUAUCAUUCUCCUAAAUGUAAAUGUUAGACGACUACUGCAACAACACUUUGCCAUUCACAAAUCAUGAAACUUUCCUGCUUGGUCAGCAGCCCAACACUUAUUUAUGAUCUACACUUUGAUAUCGACUGCUCAGUGGUGUAAUAAAGCUGUCUGGUGUGUGAUUUUACAUGAUAUUGUGGUGUUCUAGUGCUGCGUUCCAGUUACCUCGGAAGGUGGAUGUCGGAGCUUGUUAGAUGUUACACCUGAGUUGACGGCGUUCCAGUUAACAAGUUGAAAACCAAGAUGGAUGCCUACAGCUACCUGUUGUUAGGUGUUGUAAACAAUUGUCAGCUGUUGUUACCCGUUGUUAGCGGUUGUUAGUUGUCAUUAGCAUUACCAGUUGUAAACAACACAUAACACAGUAUUUUACUCGUACAAACACCAUAGCACCGUGUUCACAGUUAGACAUUGGGCAGUACAACAUAUACCACUUAUUUAAUUUCUCAAAAACAAAACAGAAGUACUAAUAAAUAAUACAUUACAAGAGCUUUCAAUGUUACUCUUUACUGUUGAUGCACUACACUGCCAUCUUAAAUUAACAAAAUAAACAGGGGGGCGUUCCAGAUGAAUUUCCGACUCGGAGCUGGGAAAUCCUGACUUCCGAGUACAACUGGAAUGAAGCAUGUCAGCAAAAGUGUGCAGAGUUGGAAGCUUGUGCACUAGGGGUAGGAGAAAAAAUGGAUACAGCAUAUUUUGUCUGGUGAUACAUUGUAUCAUCUCAUUUAUGGAGUGUUGAUUUUCUUUAAUUAAUUGCUAAUAUGAAGUCGAAUCUAUGAUAAUGGAAAAAAUGAAUUCAACUGUUUGUCCAGUGAGGUUGGCAGGGGUGACAUCAUAGAGCAGGAGAAAGUUAGUGCAACAAAUAUAUAUAAGGUUUGUAGGAUGUGCUACAUGAAAAUAAAAUACAGUGUAAAUAAGACAAACAUAAAGGAAAGACAAAUGCUAAAUUAGCUAAACAGUUGAAAAAUAGUAUAAAUUGCAUUAUCAUGUAUCGCAAUACUCGCUGUAUUGCAGAAUAUUAAAAAUUGCAAUAAUAUCAUAUUGUCUGGCUGCUAGUGAUUCCCACCCCUAUUGUGCACGUCUGAAAAAUUUGAAAUGAAUCCUCCAAACAUUAAAGUGAGAGUGCUGCACUCGUUCCAUCUUAACUUGAAAAAAAAUGUUGGUCAAUCAAUCUCCAAUAAGUUUGAAACUUUGGUGUAUUUAUGAAUGUAUUUUAAAGUAAGUUCUGAAGCACAAGUGUAGAAUGUUUCUUUAAUUUUUUUGUGUUCGUGACCAUUUUUUCUAAUUCACCGAAAAUCCAAUUACUCUGUAAUUCUGCUAAUUUUCUUUUUUUCUACAAUUCUGAACUGAAAAAUAACAUUAAUAAAACAGAAAGAAAUAGAGAAUUAAAUAUUAAAUCAGGGCUCCAGCAGGAACCCAUUUAUAUGAUACAAAUGCAGAAACUGCUUCAUCUUCUCCUCUUCCUCUCAUGUCUUAUAUAUAAUAUUUAUUGUAAAAGUCUUUUCUACAGAAACUUUUCUGUGUCAGCUGCCAUGAAUCACUUCUUUUGAUUGUGUAAUACAUUCUUCUUUCCCGAAAGUUAAAGUCACGCAUUUCAGCAGAAAAUAAGCUAGGGGAUUCAUUAAAGAUUGGGUCUUCUUGUAAUUUUUUCUGCAUAUGUUUUAAAUAUUAUGACUUGAUGCUGCAGAAAGCAGGGACAUCACUCAAAAGGGACUGACUGUCUGUCUGGCUGCCAACCAUAUUAGCAAAGCCCUGGAUCUGUCAGAAAUAUUGGAAAAGAAAGCAAAGAAAUUUACAUACUUAAUAAAUGAUCUCCUCUCUUUGGCUGUGCAAAUGAGGGAUUAGGGGGAGGUAGAGUGCACAGCAUAACCUGGGGUGAGUCCUACUUCAACAAGCCUCUGUGGUUUAUCCUUCCCAGUCCUCUUUCUGGGAUCUCUAUACGAUUUAAAAAAAUAAGUUGAGAAUUUAAGUCCCUAUUCAAUCUUUCUUUUUUUACUACUUAAAGUGUUCUCAGUGGUCUUUAAAUUGUGACUAUGAAGCCAAAAUCCCAGUACCUGUGUCAUUUUAAAGGGCUUUUCUUCUUCAGAGCUCCAGUAGCUCAUUAGUAAUUUGCCUCUGAGUCGUGGGCAGAGACAGCGCUGAUCUCUCUUCUUCACGUUAGCUUGUAGCCCAACAUUACCGGUGCGGUAGAAAAAGCAGGUAACAUAGCUAUUCAGCUCUGAUUCACUAAUGUCUUUGAGGACAUGAUGAAAGUUAAUAUCAUAAUUAGCUUUCUUACAAGCAUUGCUAUUCCGCAAAUGCAAACGCUUGUUCAAGGAUCGUAAUCUCUAUUUCUCAGAGUCUGGCCUGCAUAGCGGGGCUCUGGGGGCGGAGCUUGUAGUUGUGACGUAAGAAAUCUCUCUGUGUCUGGACCUGCUGUUUGGGUCUGCCAGAGAUUCACAGUGAUAUGAAUGCAGAAAUACUCAGACAUGCAACUUAGCACUUAGUUUUCUCAUGAUAUGUCCUGCAGCAUCAGAAAAAUGACAUACGAACAUGUAGACAAGAAAAACAAGACUUUCAUCAGAGUGGGUCUUUAAGGUGGAAAAUUACCCUCAAAGCUGAAACACCAAUUUGAGAACAAAACGGCAAAUAUAAAUCUGCAAUGUGCCAAUCAUAUUCUAGAAAUACAGGUACUAGAAAUUUUUUCUUCUCUCGUUUGAGUCUAACAUUCACUCUUAACAAGCAACUGCUCCUAGUUAACACAUUUUCAUGCAGAGGUAAAAUCCAGUGUCAGUGCAUUGGGAGAUAAACAAUAAACAAUUAUCAUUCCAAAAAUACAUGACACCAAAAUAAACGUCAUAAAUCUUCUGGAACCAGAUUAAAGAAAAAGAGCAGCCCACAUCAGUGCCCCUUUUUAUAUCGCAGCAGAAAUACCUCGGAGGGAAAUAAACAAUGAAUCACUUAACAUCACUUAACAUACGCUUCCUUUAUUCCUUUACAUUAGCCAUACUUUUAGGAGGUGAGCAAAAGUUUUAUUUGUAAGUCCAGGAUUGGAGUUCAAAUCUUUGAGAUUUAUUUUUUGAUGAUAAAAGGAUACAUGAGAUGAGACAUGAGAUGCAGAUUAAAGUGUACAUACAGCCUCUCAGCAGAUGGAAGCAUGAAGUGCUCUGAAGUGUCCUCGAGGGCUUCAGGCUGUGUUGACUCUAGAGUUGAUAAAACAGAGUGAACAACACCAGAAGGUAUGGCAUCCAAAAUGAACAUAGACUGUGGAAACUUCACGCUGGAUUGUAAGAACUGACAAGAAAGUGGACUUUUUCAAGACAAAGUCUUUAAACUUUUCACUUUGUGUGCAAUGACUCAGAAUAAGGGAUGGGAGAAAAAAAAAACAUACAGCACAGUAUUGUGAUAUUUUGUCUGGUGAUAUAUCGUAUUGUCUCAUUGACCAAUUAUCGAUUUUUCAAAUUAAUUGCUAAUAUGACAUCAAAUCUAUGAUAAUGGAAAAAUAAAAUCAACUGUUUGUCCAGUGAAGUUGGCAGAGGUGACAUUGUAGAGCAGGAGAAAGUUAGUACAAGAAAUACAACGUUUGCAAGAUAUUCUUCAAUAAUAAAAUGUGAAUAAAAUAAUAAAAUAAGACAAACAUAAAGGAAAGCCAAAUGCUAAAUUAGCUAAACAGUUGAAAAAAUCGUAUAAAUCACACUAUAUUGUAUCCCAAUACUUGAAAAUUGCAAUAAUAUUGUAUGGUGACCCAGGUCUCGUCAUAAUAUUGUAUCGUCGGACCACUGGUGAUUCCCACCCCUACCCAGAAUGUACGAAAGUUUUACUUUUUGAAUUAAAUUAUGAGAAAUAAAAAAAGAAACUCAGACAGGUGUGUGUUAAUGUGCAUGUGUGUGUGCAUGAGGUUGAGUCAGAAGAGUGAAAUGAAAGAGUCACAGUGUCUUGGUUGACGACAUGCAGAUUAGAAAAUAAAGCCCUACCUGUGGCUGUCUCCUCUUUGUCUUCAGUCGUCACAGAGUGACUCAUUACUAAAUCACAUACAUGUUCUGACACCUGAGAGGAAUUGCCUCACCUUUAAGGUGUGUUCACACAUACAAACUCAAUGCAAAGAUUCUAUUUCUUUUCAGCCUGAACUUAAAAGUUUGUGACGCCAAAGUUGAUCUGAGAAGAGGUUUCCAGAAAUAGUUAAACUGAACUAGUUUUAAGGAACUUUUUUAUGGAUGUUCUAGUUUGUUGACCUGUCCUCGUGUUGUGAAGCUUGCCAACCUGCUUUCUAAAUGUUGGUAUUGGCCUUAAAUAAUGAUAGAGGUUAAUUACUUUAACAUGAUGGACAUGACAAUUAGAGAUUGGAUAAAUAUUUGAUAUAACCUUGUGUGAUUGUGGAUUAACACUCCUUACCACCUUCGCAUAACUAAGUGCCGUCUCAAUCAAAUCUGGACACGCCUUUGUAGCUUUGCCCUCAGAUUUUUGUGAUUAAAAAACCUGUUUUUGUGGCUUUGUUCUGGAUCCGGGAAACAUAGUUGCAAAAUAAAGUAUUGUGACAUCAAUCAAAACGCCUUUUGCACCUCAAAUACUGAAUAAUGUCUUUGCAUGUUGCAUAUUUUUCCUCUUUCUCUCUAAUGCAAAACUUGAUUUAAAAGCUCUCGCUUGUUCACUUUUCUUUCCUCCCUUCUCUCCCUCUUUCCUUCCCUCUCGCACACACAUUUUUAGAUUUUUCACACCUACUUUGGAGAAAACAGUGAAGCAGAUUGACUGCAAUGAAUGGCUCUGUAUCCAGUCUGGUUCCUGUGUGGGUACAGGGGGACAGUAGGGCCUUUAGAGUCAGACUCUGCCGUAGGAUGUCUGACAGUAUUUAGCUGCGUGAGGAGAGUUUCCAGCCCCUCUUUGCAGGCUGCAGACAGAGGCAUAACAUGGAGAUGGAUGCAUGAUAUGUGGAGUUAAAUGUGUUGUAGAGUGAGACUUUGAGGGCUGGGUAAAGGUUUAGGAUGAUGGAGUCAGGGAGAGAGGAUUAUGCAUGUCGAUGAGGAUGUUAGUGUUGUCAAAAUAAAACAAGUUUACUUUUUUGCAAACUUUUCCUGAGUUUGAGCUGACUUCAGAAAAAGUAUAACCAUUAUGUAACUGUCAGGGCAAGUUCAGACUGCAAUACAUAAAUUUUGGAAAAAUGUAUAAAUAUUUUAAAGUAAAUAGAAAAUAGUGACUUAGAGUUUAGAAUAGAAGAGAGGCAGGGGAGGAGAAUAAAUAAAGAGACUAGAGUAUGUUCACAGAAAAUGACAAAGAUAUGGGACAGGUAGCAGUCUGUCUGCUUCAAGGUGAGUAAAAAUCCACUUGUUCAGUCUUGUUAAGUGACUAUUUUUGCACUGAUUGCUGCUGUGCAAAAAGAAAUCGAGGUUUGUUUUAUCUUUGUGUGCUUGUGUUUUAUAGUUUUCGCUCUACGCUGUGAUUAGAAAGCAGUGUGAAUUAUGCAUUUCAGAGAGGCACAAUCAUAUGAAUCAUUUGGCUGCUAUGAGGGUGUCAGGAGCGCUGAGAGAGGGAAGGGUGAGGCAGCAGGGAGGUGAGGAAAGCUCCCUGUCCUGUCUGGGCUGUCAGGUUGUUUGAAGGAAGGAGUGAUGACGGGGGGAGAAAAAAAAAAAAACAGUGAAAACACAUGUAGGGUCCUGCAGGGAUGGAGGGAUUUCUGGAGAGCGCUGUGAUGAAAGGAAAAAUAUGUCACCAAGUAAUGAUGGUCUUUUUCCAUCUCUCCUUCUCUCUCUCUCUUCCUCUCUGUCUGUUUCCAGAGCUGCUGGGCUCCACAAAGAGACUCAAUAUCAACUACCAGGACUCAGACGGGUAAGACAAGUGUGUGUCAAUGAAUGUGCAUGUGAGUGAGUGUGCAUGCAGUUGAGUCAGAAGAGUGCAAUGAAAGCUUCACAUUGUCUUAGCUGACAUGCAGAUUAGAAAAUAAAGCCCUCCUUGUAGCUGUCUCCUCUUUGUCUUCAGUCCUCACAGAGUGACUCAUUACUAAAUCACAUACAUGUUCUGACACCUGAGAGGAAUUGCCUCACCUUCAAGGUGUGUUCACACAUACAAACUCAAUGCAAAGACAACAUUUCCUUUAAGCUUGAACCAAACAGUUUGUGACAACACAGUUGAUCUUCUCUACAUGACCCGAGGUUACCUCAGAAGUAGUCAAACUUUACUCAUUCUUAGGUUUUGUUUGUGGGAUACUCUGAUUAAGCGGGCAUAAGGAUAGAGAUAUACCGUAUAUCAAAUCUGUCUGAGAGCUGGAUAUUAAGACCGUUAUUAUGAUAAAGAGAAAGUGGAGAUCAGUGUAUUAAAGUAAAUCAUUUUUCAAUUCAAUCCAAUCCAAUCCAUUUUAUUUAUAAAGCACGAUUUAAGCAAACACAUGGUUUCCAAAAAGCUGCACAGCAAGAUAAAAAUACAAUAAAUAACACAACGGAUAAAAAUAAAAAAUAAAAUGAGAUAAAACACAAUAAAAUCAAAUAAAAACAAAUACAAUAUAUAAAAUAAUAGAAUAAAAUUAAUGAAGUCAACCUCCUGCUUGGUGUUAAGAUGGGAUUUAAAAACAGGCAAAAGGGAGGCCUGUCUGAUGUGCUGAGGCAGGUUGUUCCAAAGUUUUGGAGCUGCGACAGCAAAGGUACUGUCCCCUCUGAGCUUGUGCUUUGUUUUAGGCUCUCUCAGGAGCAGCUGAUCAGCUGACCUGAAAGACCAAAAGAAAAGACAGGUGGGCGUUCACUAUUUGAGGUAAACCAAAACUGUGAUCAUAUUGUGAAAUAAAGCAUGUAUUUGGGCCAAAUGUUUUUUGUUUUUUUAAUCAUUCGUCUAAAAAGAAAAGAUCCUUGUGUAGAGUCGGUAUACUUGGUCUUCAUAUCGAGACAUGUAGGCAUCAUGAAAGAAGAUACAAUUUGUACUAAGUGUGAUCUCAAUGAUGUGGAGAAUGAGAUGCAUUUUGUGUUAUAUUGUCUCUUCUAUGAGCCUCUCAGAAAAUGAUUUUUUGUAAGGUAGACAGGAAAUUUUCAUUCAUUCCAGACUUUUUACAAAUCUACAGUAGUUAUUCCAGCUUCCAUUCAACCUGUCACUAACAAAUCACAGCAAAGUUUGUUCAAUAUGAGCCCAUAGCUCUGUUGUAAACCAGAUUUUGGCUUAUGUGGUUUGUACCUACCAGUUAGACUACCACACAACAUAGACAGAUGGACAGAUUCCCUACAGCCAAAACAGAGUGCCUGUGGUUGGUGCUCAUCAGAAAAAAAAUUUGUUUAAGUAGCUGGAAGCAGCAGCAAAGUUCAUCCAGCUCAUUAGAACAGAGGAAAGUAACCCAGCUGAGUGCACCUCAAAUAGUUUAAAGAGCCAAGAUAUGAAAGAAGAAGGUUUUCUGAGGAAUUAUUAAGGUUUUUUUAACCGAGGUAAACUUUCAUGUAGAAACUAGUGUCACUUUUGCAAAAUCCUGACGCAGAGAGCAACAGCACUUCUGCAUUUUUAGUUUUUGGCUUUUGUACCCUGUAUAUUUGAUGACUUCAAGUUUGGACUGCAGCAGAUUUAUAUGUUUUGUUUUGAUGUGUUUCUUCGACAGUGGUUGGUCUACUUUCCCAGAUAUAUAUCAAUGCAGGUCAUCAGACAUACAGAAAAUACCUCAGUUUCUGUGUCAGCCAACUUGCAGUUUGUGUGUGUGUUAACUCAGGUCUGCUGCGUGUGUCUACAUGCAGAGUCAAUGCAGCGUGUGGGAGGUGACAUAUAAUAGGGGUGUUGAAAUUAAACAUGUCCACCCAUGAUGGAGUGUGUUUGUCUGUCUGUGUGUGUGUGUGUGUGUGUGUGUGUGUGUGUGUGUGUGUGUGUGUGUGUGGUGCAGAUGGAGGGGUUACCUGUGAUAUUUGAGAACAGUGCAGAGGGGCUGAACAGAGGAGGGGAGGUAAGCAAACAGUCGCUGUCACUGAGUCAACACCAGAGAGGGAUUCAGACGGUGUGUGUCUGUUAAGUGUAAGUAAGUCAGGAAAUGACGAGAGUGAGGUCCGCUGGUCUGUGGAUGAAUGGAUAAAUAAACAUGUGGCUUUGGGUUUGAGUGUGUGUGUGUGUGUGUGCUCUGAGCAUAGAGGUCUAGACUUUGAUAAGACAGUCCACCUCAUAGUCUAGAGAUCCUUCAGAUUUCAUUUUAGGAAAGAAUCACAUCUUAAUGUCUUAAUAAUGUUUAGUCUUAAACUGCACCAAAAGUUUCCUCACCUCCAUAAGAAAUACAGAGAACUAGAAACUUUGUACCAGAGCUACUUUGAAGGAACUGAAAAACUGUUUUUUUUUUUUUGUCAGCAGUUCCUCUCCAGAUUGAAGGUUUAUUCUCAGUUUUUAGACUUUCAAGAAUAAAACAGGUUAGUCUGCUGGUGAUUAAAAAAGCUGUGGCUGUUUUUAUGGGUUCAAGCUUUACAGCCAUUGUGAUGCCAAAGCUUCAUUUGAAUGCUGCAAGUAUCUGACCAAUCAAUAACAUUCAGCAAUCAGCACUGCAAGUCCCCAAAGUUCCAUCACUUUUUGAAUGUAAUAUACUUUACAGAAGGAAUUAAGUUUCUGAAUUACUUUUCCACAUGGCUCAAAUGACAUGAUAAUUUUACAUUAAAACACGCCCCCGCUGAUACAGCCAGAUAUAGAAUCAUAUAUCUAGCUAUUUUUUUCAAUUACCAUUCAUAAUCUGCGACUCACCUCUACAGUAUCCAAUGAUUUUGAGGAAAGGCUGUCUUUUAGCAUCACAAAGAUGGUCCAACAAGGUGCCAAUUUCAGCAGGAGUAUGUUUUGAUUGGCCAUUUCACUGUAGAUUUGCACCCUAUCGAAUUGUAUUCACAUUAAAUGCGCAUGCGCAAAAUUUUCAAUGGGGUAGCAAGAAAUGACAGUACACAUGUCACACGGUGUCAUGUCACAUCCUAAACACUGCCGCAAAUGGGAUUAAAUAAUGUGUUUUAUCGCGACCGUGUGCACGCAUAUGUCUUCACAACUAAAGACAUAGUGGCAAGGUAUAACACAUUGGCUGCUCUUACGUUUGGAUAUUUUCAUUGUUUCAUGUAGCGCGACAGCUGGGUGACACCUGUACAAGGCAGCACAGACAGCAGCUUGUUAGGGUUCCUCCUGUAGCGGCGAUGUACCAAUCUCCAAAACAGGGGUCUAAAUUUGUAAAUCAGUCCUUUCGAGAUAAAGUAACGGCACAUUUUAAAUUUAAACAGCUAUGUUCUCAUCUAAAAUGGUUUUAAAACUGUAUUUGGUGAUUGGUAAGAGUCAUAUAGCAUUUAUAUCUCUCCAUGAGUUAUACAAAGGGCCCGUGUGGUACCUCAGUCGACCUGCGGAGGCACUUGUUAGUAAAUGUUCCAUUGGGUUGUAUUUCAGUGCAUGAAAAAAUGACCCAUUAGGUCGUUAUGGAUCUGAGAACUUGUUGGGGCGAUGAAAGGAGGCUUAUGUGCAGAUGGCUCUCAAUGUCCAUGUUACAGUUUGUAGGAUACUGGACAGUUGUGAUAUAUUAAUUCUGUACCUCAUGUAAAGCGAGCUGCUAUGCAUCAAGUAAAUUCAAUGUAUUGCACACCCCUAGCUUGAAGCAGACACUCAUGGAUAUGGAAAGUUCAGUGACUCUUGUCCUGGUGUUUGUUGUUUCCUCUCACUGUUCUUUCUUUUGCUCUGAUUAUCCAGCACACACAGUCAGUUAUGGUGUUAUUCUCUUCAUGGUAGCAUCAAAUAAACAGUUAAAAAUAAACCUUAUAAACUAUACUAUAAGAUAAAUAAGAAUGAUACGAACAACAGAAAUCAUGUUUAAGAAAAACUUACUUGACAUGUAUUUGAUUUAGGAGGUGACUCAGUGACUAAUAUAAAUGCAGUCACUCAGUAGACAGAGCUCCAAAUCUCUUGGUUUCACUUUUGGGGAGAAGUCGUUGUCACUUAUUUUUUACAGUCAGUGGCAUCCAAGCUGUCGAAAACAAUGAUAACUCUGUGGUGCAACUUAUUUUUGUUUUUGACAUGCUAUAAAGUUACUGCAAGUUUUUCUCUCCAAAUGCAUCCAGGCUGUUUAUCACCACACUGCUCCCAGUAUGACUGCCUGAGGCUGUGUGAAACCAGCUGAAAGCCCUCUGCACUGCAGUUGUCAUUUCAGUUCCGCAUGAGGGACAUUUUUUUUUUAGUUUGGGCUCUGCUUGUGUCUUCCCUUGGAGGCUCACUUUCCCUGAAGCUCUCAUUGUGUUGGUGUUGCCCAAAGCUAAAGGCAAAACUUGUCCCAAGAAUUUAUGCUUUUAACUUCUCCCUCCACAAACAACCUGAGAGACAAACACACAUUUCAUCUCUGGUGCUUUAGCAAGCUCACACAGAAGUGUAAAGUGUUGAUGGUUGGAUAUGGAUACAGUCAUAAAACACAUAAAUUCUCCUCCAAGGCUGCAGUUUGUAAUGGGAUCAAACAGAUACACAUACACACACAUUAACAUGUCUCAGUCUGGAGUUUGAAAAGGGCUCACCUGCUGUAAAAUCAUCAGAAUGAUUUAUUACCCCUCUCAUCUCCUUGUCUAAUUCCUUGACCCACUCGUUCUCCUUCUCUUUCUCUCUUUUUCUUUCUUACAGCUUCUCGGCGCUGCACCACGCUGCUCUGACGGGCACCACGGAGCUGCUGUCUCUGCUUCUGGAGGCCCAGGCCACAGUGGAUAUCAAGGACAUCAAUGGUAUCAAGAUGGCAGAACAGAUUAAACAGCUCAACCCACAUCAUAAGACAAACCCACAAUACAGAAAAAAAAAAAACUGUUCACACUCCGGAAGUCAUUUGGGUUAAAUAGUGCUUUAAAAACUUCCCUUAAUAGCUUUGUGACACUCUCUGCUGAAAAAUAAGUUUGACCCACAUGAAUAAAUAUGAUUCACUUUGAAGUCUUUCUGCCAUGCGGUGACAGCGGCACUGCAGCAAAUAUCUGCACGCUCACAGCCGAGCGCAUACAGUAGAAUUUGUUGGAGCGAGAGUGGCAGCUCAGAUACUCAGACCAGAAGCGCAUGUGCUUAAAGCUAAGUGUCUGAGGUCGGCUGUAGGUUUCUGAAGGAAACAUUAUGAUAGUUUAAUUUUACUCCUUCGAAGCCUUUGCAGAGUGUGAGUUUUGAAAUUCAAGGUGUCAUGCAAGUGAAGUUCAGUGCAAAGCUGCUGCAUCACAAAGCACCAAACCACUUUGAUAGCUAAAGCUCCAAAAAUUGGUCAUAAAAUCAGUCAAAACAUGCCAGCAAAUUUGAAAGUGAACUAAUUAGUGCUGGGUGAUAUGGCUUUAAAUCAAUAUCACUAUAUAUUGAGCAGUUCACCUUGAUAAAGAUAAAUGGACGAUAACUACUCCACAAGCCUCUACAACUUUUGAACCGUCCUCCAUCUCCUUACCUGUCUUUCCCUCUCUGUUACGGACCAGAGGGGGUGGAGUCUCAUCUCCAACGUAGGACGGCAUCUUAAAGGGACAUGAGACCAUAGCCUACGUACACACAUUCAAAAUCGACUUUUAUUUAUUUAUUUAUUUGACACCGAAUAUAUUGACAUGGGCAAAAUGAAGUCAGUUAUUGUGGUAAAUUUUGAUAUCUGUAAAUGUUUGGUUUAUCGCCCAGCCCUACAACUAAUCAUUGAUGUUGAUUGUGAAAAUGGCAAUAUACAUCACAAUGUAAUUUUUUUCCCUCUUACAACAGGUAGUUUCUGCAUUUUUGUGCUGUUUAUCACAUGUAAUCAAAUAUAUCUUGGAUUGAAAAUGAUCAAAUAUGACAUUUAAAUUAAAGUAAGCCAAGGAGUACAACUCAAAAUUAAAAGAAGUUCAGGCACUUUGUAAAAUGUUGUUAAAAAUUAUGAUGGUUUGAAGUAUUAACAAGGGAAUAUUUAUUGUUUGAUUAAAAAUAUUUGCUCAUUUUAAAUUGGAUGGCAGCAACAGGUUUAAAACCGUUAGGAAAUGUUAUGUCAUGAAAUUAAAAGAAAACACCUUGAGGGAUAUCUACCGAUGAUAAAGGUCAGUUUUCUAACAGGUUAGUGAAAAACUGAGGGGAAAAAAAAGCCCACAGAGAGGCUGCUGAGUCCUUUGAAAGGAAAUUGUUGGGAAUUUAGAUAUUUAGGGUAGAAUUUGGAAAAAUCUUUGCUCAAAGAUGAAAGGCUGAAAACCAGUACUGGAUGACUGUUAUCUUCAGGGUUUCAGUUGGCAUUUGACUUCUAGCUCAAACCCUUCUAAGAUGGACUGAGUCAGAGGGAAACAGUAUUUAUGAUGUGGGGUGAAAGCCUGCUCCAAAAGUUGCAAAUCAAGGAGUCCACUUCCACCCUCAUUUUGCCAAUGAAGUCUUUGCACUUUCGCCUCGUUUUUUAAAUACUGAAACUUUUAGAAAUUUGUCUCUUAAAACAUGGGGCAGAUUGGGGAUAGAUACUUUCUCCACCAAUGUUUUGUUUUAGCUGUUUCAUCAUAAGCAGAGCUGUGAAAGAACAAAUCUCGACAAGCUGAUAUACAUCACGACUGAUUUAUUAGUUAUAAUCAGUACACAUUUUCCUAAUGAGUUUAUGGUCUUCACAGCUUGUGUCAAGUCUUCACAAGUACAAUAUAAUGUUCGUUUUGUAAGAGGUGGUCCCAUUUAGUGUCAAAUAGGCCAUAAAUCAGGAUGUGCUUUAGGGCAGGGCUACUUUACAGCUUGUUAUUAAAUACCAUGACCUCAUUGUGACUUGGAUGGGAUUGUAGCAAUGUAUUUUUAUUUUAUUGUAAGAAAGACACAGCAGUGUUGAGCCAGAGUGUAGUUACUUUUACACCAAAUAACAAUGACAUGGUUACAGCCAUACUGGUUUUAUGUCAGCAGCAGGAACUACAUGAGCUUGAGGGUGAGAACCAAAGACAACGCAGCAAUGAAAGAGGAAUAUUUGAUCAAUAUUUUCAUGGUAGUUCUCUAUUACAUUACUUAUUCAUGAUAUCACUGAGAUUACAUCCAUGUUGUUCCCUCAGACUAGCGUAGAGCUUUCCCAAAGCCACAGAGAACAUUUUAAUACUUCACAGACUGAGUCGACCCUCCGUGACUAUUAAAUAGACCUUGACACGUUAAAUCGGUAGAACUUCCUUUAAGCUCUUCUUACUGCUCUUUCUUUCACAUCUCAUCGGCUCCAUGUCUUACUCUUGUUUCUGUCUCCAGGCAUGCGUCCUCUCCACUAUGCAGCGUGGCAGGGGAAAGCAGACUCCGUGUUGUUACUGCUGAGAGCUGGAGCUGCAGUCAACUCCCCUUCCCUUGAUGGACAGAUACCGUUACAUCUGUCUGCUCAGUAUGGACACUAUGAGGUGGUGAGUACACGUACACGCACACUCACUCUCACUAAGACAGCUCAGGUUUCCGAGGGUGAGAGUGAAUGGAUGCAGGUUUGAGCAGAUAUUCUCAUCCAUAGGCCCCCCUCAGGGCUUUGUGCUGAAAAAUACUCAACAGGACAACAGAUACAUUUUAAGAGUUUGUGCGUGUCUCUGUUAGAGCCUCCUCCAUCUGGGAGUAAACACUAUCCUGGGUUUUAGUGUGUUUGUGUUAGGCGGAUAACUGUGGUCUUUCAGUCUACUCUUUAAAAAAACCCACUCUGCAGUAGUUACUCAUUGCUCAGUAAUGAUACAGAGCCAGUACCAGCUAACUUCUAAGGACACAUCUAGAGUAGCUUUGCAUGAUUUACAGCUCAGAAAACAUCUUUAUUCUUUUUGUGCUGGCUUCAGCGAAAACCCCAGUAUCAGCAUUAUUCAGAGUUUGUUUUGGCUGCUUUAUAUUGAUAUUAAAUCAAACACAGCGUGUGGGUGUUACUUUUUACACAGCUUUGUGUUGAUGAAAUAAAAUGAAAGCAAUGCCUUUGCAGGAAACAUCUCAAGAUAAGCCAUUAGUGCCUACUGAGCGCAUUUGUCCUCUUUAGCAUACAUCUGCUGUAGUCACAACCCCUGUGAAAUACUCAGAGAAUGACUCUUCAUCUCACUGUUUUGCCACGUUAUUUACUUUACUGGCAAUCUCUCACCUGAUGUCAUUUUGAUGUUGAUCCACUGUCGGUGCUCGCUUUCUCACUUUAAUCACUUGUGGUAGCUUCCAUUUGAAAAUAUAUGUGAUUCUUUUUUUCAUGGGUUUUAUUGCUUUUUGAUACUACUACUAAUAAUAAUAUAGGAAGAGAUACAGUAAUUAGAUGCAUCCAUUAGAUGCAAUAUGACCAGUUACUACAGAGUAAUGUAGUGCAUAUUAUGAUACGAUAUGAUAGACGUAAUCAGUACAAGAAAUUCUUGGUUUACUAAAACCCUGAAAUUUUCGAAAAAAAUUGACUAAUAUUUUUUAGCCACGUCGUCCCUGCUCGGCUUACAUGAAAGUUGAAACGCUCAAAAUAAAAAUAAAUAUUCAGCAACCCACCGGACGUUGAUUAGCAUGGGCGCUCUUCAAUUUUCCUGUCUCCAGCUGGUCUCUAGUGGGUUGGGCGAAUCCAUAAUGGUAAAAAAAAGGGAAAAACAAGGUGGGGGUUCCGAGUGUUCUGAGACAGUCUGCUACAUAUGAAAUGAGGGUGCUCUGAAAACACCCCCAUUAGCACUCGAUAUCGGUACCAGUUGACUAGCACUUGACAGCCCUAAUAUAGAUAGAUCCACAUGGUACAGCUUGAUCAGAUAUGAUAUGACAAGACUUGAUAUAAGCUCAUGGAUCAUUACAAAAGUGAAAGGCAUAAUAGUAGGUAACUUACAGGUAAGACAUACAGGUCUGCAAUAAGAUAGAAAUAAAAUGUCUAUAUUGAUUUGUAUUAUUACUGGAAAUGGGUCAGAGUGGGUUUUAGGACAUCGGCACAUUUUCAAUAUGGUGCUUCUCUUUACUAUAAAAAUGUUGAACACUUAGUCUUUAAUAUAUUAAUAGAUUCUUUGGUGUUUGGUAAAAAUGACAAAUUGAAGUUGAAGCUCAGCCUCCAGAUGCAAAGUAGCGAGUCAAACCCAGUCCUCAUAUUUCACUGUAAUCCACCCUCUUUGUGUAUCAUCCUUCAUUGUCCACCAACAAUACCAGUAAUACCAUUAAUGCCAUCACACGUUUGUCACAGGAGUCUGAAUGCACACAUUCCUCUUCUACGGCCUCUUCUGUGUCGAUCCUGGAAUGUCUUUAUGGAGUGAAACACACAUACACACUCCUCUCAGUGUGUCAUAUGACCCUCAAGAUGGCAUGACCUCUUCAUUACAACACCAUCUAACACUACUCUGACAACCCUAAACAGGGCUAUCAUAUGUUCCUCUCUUGUGUUCAAAGACAAAACAUCAACACACAUACGCGCACUGGGUGUCAGGAAGACUGUGUGCAUAAAACAUAAGGUGAUAUCACUUACCUUUAUCCUUUCUCUUUCAGUCUGAGAUGCUGCUGCAGCAUCAGUCCAAUCCCUGCCUUAUGAACAAGGCUAAGAAGACACCUCUAGACCUGGCCUGCGAGUUUGGGAGAUUAAAGGUAUGUCAUUUCCAUGUAUGUGUGUGAAACCACUAUACCUGCAUGAUACCAUAUGUUUAAAGCCUUUUGGAGUCUCAAAUAAAUGUAGGAUCAUGCAAUGCAGAAGGAAUUUUUUUUUUACUUUUGGCCUCAAGAAGAAAACUUUAAGCUGCAAAAAAGUAUUCAUCAUUAGUCACAGAACCAUCAAGCAAAAAAUUCUUGAUCAUUUAUCAGUUCAUAGCUUUUCCACAUUAAGGCUAUGGCCAGAGACUGUAUAUAGAAUGGACGCUGUCUGCCUCCUCAUUGGGUGAAGCCACUGCAAGAACAGCACCCUCUAGUGAUGGGCUGCAGUAUAGGGCAUAAAUCCCGCCCCCUCCAGCAAUCCCUAUGGAGCUGUGGACAAACUUUAGAAAUUUAUUACACAGAAUAUAAUUUUUUCCCCCCUGGUUGCAAUGUUGACAUGUAGUUACUGUAAGACUGGUUUGUGCUCAAGUCCUCUUUUUUCUGUACAGCUCCAUUUUUAAAUGUUAUUAGGGGGUUCAUGUUUUCUAUGAUUGACACUUGAUCCAUCCUACGGGCGUACCAAGAUUGCAUAGCUCAUGCAGGGGACACGCUGUUUGAGCGGAGUGUCAUCUCAGCGAUACUUAGCGACUCUUUAAAAACUCAUUUUCCCAUCUCUCUCCAGAUUCUGCACAGGAAGUGUUUUUUGAAUUAAUGUCUGUUCACGCAACAACAUAAAUUUGUCAGACCAGUAGAGGCAAUAAUUUAAAGCACCUCAGAAGAAUGUUGUGCGUAUGUGUACAUAUGGAGCGUCUUCUUGGCUGGCUGCAAUCAUAAACAUUGUUCUAUGAACUGUGUUCAGAGUGGUGAAUCAAAAACUAUUGAGUGUGGUACAUUUAUUUGUCACUGUGCUGUGGUAUAAUGCGGUUUCCUUGAGCACAUGCAUUUUAACCUGGCAGCUCUGAGCAGUCAUGACCAAACAGGCAGCCUUUGUAAGUGUGCCAGCAUUUUUUAAAACCUUCAUUAUUGCUAUUCACAUGGAAACGAGUAAGCAGAGUUUUCGAAACCUUCACCUGAGAGUGUUUUUUUUUCCUAGUCUGCUACUUUCAGUGACCUAGAACUCUGUUACGUUUGGACGAAAGCCAAAAUGCAAUGGUUUUAAAAAUAUCUGCAUGCGUGUGAACGAGGCCCAAGUCAAACUAAGUUUAUGUUUUUCUUACUUGUUGGCUCAGGUUAGUAAUCAAAGUGAGAACUUUUUGUAUCCCUCUCCUUAAGAUCACUGACUGCUGACAAAUGAAUGCUUGAUUUUUCUCUGGUGUACACACUAGGUUCCUUCACUGAAUAUGAGUAUACAGUACAAAAGUUUGGACACACCUUCUCAUUCAUUGUCUUUUCUUUAUUUUUUUAUAUGACUGUUUACAUUGUAGAUUAUUACUGAAGGCAUUAAAACUAUGAAUGAACACAUGUAGAAUUUUGUACUUAUAAAAAAAUUGUGAAAUAACCGAAAACAUGUUUUAUAUUCUAGUUUCUUUAAAAUACCACCCUUUGCUCUUGAUGACAGAAGUACCUUGUCAGGGUUACUUCAGGCACUCCUGUGAAGUAAAAACCAUUUCAGGUGACUACCUCAUGAAGCUCAUUGAGAGAACAGCUAAAGUUUGCAGCGCUAUCAAAAAAGCAAAGGUUGGCUACUUUGAGAAAUCUAAAAUAUAAAACAUGUUUUCAGUUAUUUCACACUUUUUUCUUAAGCACAUGAUUCCACAUGUGUUCAUUCAUAGUUUUGAGAAUCUAUAAUUUAAAUAGUAAUAAAAACAAAGAAAAUGCAUUGAAUGAGAAGGUGUGUCCAAACUUUUGGCCUGUACUGUAUAUCUGACUGAAUCUGGGCACGUGUCCACUUGCUAAUAUCUUCUGUCCACUCAAUGUCCCACAGAUCUAGAAGUUGGUUACCACUUUGUUCUGAAAGUUUGUUCAGGAAGCAUUUCUUUACUCUCACACAGUUACGAAACUAAGGAAACUUUUUCACAAACUUGUCGUUGGCCUGCACAAAUAAAGUUGUUGGAAUUAUCACCCACAACUUAGAUAAAGUGACCUGAUCUAUUUUGAGCAAAAGAAAAGUAUGAUCCCUUUUUUUUUUUAUUCUGGACACAUAAUCACUGUAACAUUAUACGGUUCACUUGUUCAGUGAGCUUUACAAUGUGUCUGACACAUCAGCAGAUAAACCCUGAACUUCAGACUAAAAAUAAGCAUGUUUCCGUGCCUGCUGAGUAUUCUCUCGUCUGAUCUGAGUUUGCAGUUUAGCUGUUAAAAAUGGCAGCUUCUGGCUGUUUCUGAGACUUAAUGCGUGAGUGGAUGCUGCAGUUUCUUUAUACAGCAGCUGCUGAGUGGCGGUUAAGCCUCUGUGUACCAGCCUGACCCUAUAUUUUAGUCACCAUAUGUAAUUUUGAUCCAUAUAUUCUCUUGAGCAAGUGUGGCUUUGCAUAUAUAUAUAUAUAUAUUCACGUCUCCUGUUAAUGCUGUAAUUCUUGCUCUGAUUCUGCCACUCUUCCCUCCUCGCAGCCAAAUCUUCAGCCUAACUUUUCUGCGUUAAAUUCCUCUUCAGGUGGCUCAGCUGCUGCUGAGCAGUAACAUGGUGGCAGCGCUGCUAGAAGGGGAGGGGGGAGACGACAACACGGCAGCUCCAUCCAUCACUCCUCUCCACCUGGCAGCCAGGAAUGGACACAAAGACAUCAUCAGGUACGAUCACAGCGAGAAGCAGUUUUGAAAUGUACUGAAGCAGAACUCUUUCAUACUUUUACCCACAUCUCUAUCUUAUACCUCCUACAGUUUUAAUGUUGUAAAUUUCAUCUUAAACAUACUGGGAUUCAUAAGAUUUAAUUCUGCUGGUCUGAUGUAUCUUAAAGUAAAGUCUGUAGGGGCUCAAUGUUUUCCGUUGGACCUACAGUUACUUCUUUUGUCUUUUGUAGAUAACUGUGAAAGUAUCAGUGCCAAAACUUUUACUCCAUUUACAGACUUUGCUGAUAUACAAGGGUGUUUGCAAAUAAAGCUUCCUGCAGCUCAAACCUUCAAAUAAAUGAUAGAUAGAUAUAGAUAUUCGAGAUCUUCUACCUGCAUUUUUCCUCAAAUUAAUGUCUAAUAAAACGAGGAGGGCUUUGAUUCAAACCCUCAUUUACAGUCCUCUUGUAAUUUGUGAUCUUCAUUGGUCAUCCAUUUAAGGAUCUACCACUCAAGGAAGGAAAGGAAUACUGCCAGGAAAUGAUCGAUGCUGAAACUAUCAUUCAUGCUUUUAUUUCCUCGUGGUUGAAUUAUCGUAAUGGUCUUCGAAGAGAUAAAGACUCUCAAGGCCAGAUUCACAACAGGAUUGAGCAGCUUUUACUCCUGUUAAAUCUGUGCAAAUGAAACAAAAGGGCAUAAUCGUAUUCAGACAGCACAUGCAAGAAUGUAUAUGCACAAAGACAGCGCUGCAGAAUAAACAGUGUCUCUGUGCUCAGGGUCUGUUUCACUCUAACUACCCUAACAAUUCUAGUAGUUAGGGCAGCUAGAGUGAAUUUCUCACUGACAGUUGGGCAGCAUGGAUAUGACACUCUAACUUUCAUGACAAAAAAUUCACCCCUGGAAAAUCUAAAAAUGAAACAUCAUCACAUAAAGUCUGUAAAUAUAACUUUAAUUUUUACUGUCUCAAUCAAGAGUAAUAUAAAUCAGGCACACUUUGAGGACAGCCUGGAACCAUUACCCCCCGACAUGUACUUUUUAUCUCAGUUAGCUGCUCUUGCUGACUCUCUCCAGGGGAGGAAGCUCUGUUAAUAAUCUGGACAUUUGUGUACCACAGCUGUCAUCAAAAGAAUUCAUAAUAUACUGGUUAGAAAUGUCCCCUUCUCAUUCAGUUCACCAGCUGCAUGUGGACAGAUUCAAGUUCUGAGAGCUCACAGUCACAGAGCUGUAUUCAUUGUGCAUGAGUGUCAUUUGCUUUGUGAUUGGACCUUGAGUCAGAGCAGAUACUGGAGGGAAAUAAUGUGCAAUCAAAAAGAGAACAUGUUUUUUCCAAAUUUUAUGACCAUACAGGACAAUUGGCUGACAGUUCACUGAUUUAUUAAAUAGUAUAUUUUUGAUGCUGUAACGCAGUAUUGACCUACUGCUUAUAAACGUGACUUGUUACAUCACACUGUUACUGUCAGUAAAUAGUAAAUUUUCACAAUCCUGUUACUUGCAAACACAGGUAACAUAACAACGUCAGAGUCUCCUCGAUUGGCAGGAUCAAGAGUCAAUAGGUCUUUGUCACGUCCUCUCUUAGCUGAACCAAAAGCCAGACAUUGCUGUUUAGGAGAUUUAGCACCACUGUCAUUGUUCUCCUCCUCAAUCAGCCUCAUUAUUAUGAGAGUUGUGUUUAACUUGCAGAUGUUUCUUCAGAUUUAUAGUAGAGCCAUCAAGCUUUUACCUGGGCACAGCCAACAUUUCACCAUGAUGUUUCCUUGUCCUUAUUGCUCAAAAACUCAAAAUGAUAGAAAGAUUUCCACAAAUUAAACAGUGUCUGCUCUGCCGUCCCUCUCAAGCACUAGACAUAUCAACUAGCUAUGCAUUAUCUACACACAGACACAAUUUUAGGUUUACCCUCCGCUGGUUCUUGACAUGAACUUGGAUGAAAACAGAAAUGAUGCAAAGGCUUCAGGGCUUUUCUUUUCCUUGAUAGCAGCAAGAAAGCAUCAAAGCACUCUUAACAGAUUAUCACAGAAAACCUGACCCCAAUACUGAUAACACUUCACGCUAAAAAUAAAACCUCACUGUGAUGUUAUUUUUAGAUUGUACAGCAUUUACAAGCAGGUUGUAAAGCCAGUUUAGGUCAGUACUAUAGGAAUAGACUUCAUUCUUGGUUUUGCUUCUAAAAAUACGAGCAUAAGCUACAACCACUGCUAUAUAUGUCCCUUUUAAUUCCACUACAGCAACAAUUCAAGCUAUUAAAAGCAUUAUGAUCCUUGGUGAACCACUUAUGCCACUUUACCACCUCUUACAUAGUUACCACCAUUACAGCCCGGGCCUCUAACAGAACGAUUACUGCAGCUGCUGUUACUCCAAUAAUGUGUCGGUCCUUUAUUUAAAGCUGCUUGUUCUCAUUUUUUUCCCCACAGGUAGAAACAGAAACAGACCUGUGAAAGCAGAACAUUCAGAGAAAACCCUCUCUGUGCUGCAGCGAUAUUUAAUACCAAUGACUUCACACUAUAGAUACCCUGCAGGGGCUUGGUUUGUGUUUUUAUGCCAGGGUAUGAGUGUAAAUAUGUGUGAACUCAGCCAAGUAACUCCACCCAGCCUCACAGACAUGCUGCUAAUGAUUCCCAUCCUGAAUUAUCACAUCUCCUCCUCCUCCUCCUCCUCCUUCUCCUCUCUGCUCCCGGUUGAAAAAUAAGACACUGAGGGGGGGAAACGUUGAGCAUUCAACAAAAAAAAAAAAAAAAUGACUGCAUUUGCACACGAGUUUAUUUGGAGUUUAGUCAGCAGAAUUUGGCUGUCAUCUCUCACUGAGGGAUUUAUGUCUCUUCAAAGACUCUCAGAGUUUGAGCAAACAUCUUAUGUUACCUACUUUUUGUGUCGCUGGAGGUGUUUUCAGGUCUGGUUAGAAGUGAGGAGCUAACAUAUUGUACCAGGCAGAAUAAGAUAAUCAAUAUGACACUUUUGUCAUUAAUUAAGAUAAAGCUAAAUGAAAUCUUGUCAAGAAAUGAUGUGGACGGGGAUACCUCAUAAUGAUAUUUGAUCAUCUUUGCCAUAAACCGAUGCUAUUUGAAGUCUACUGGGAUAAGAUGUUAUUAUCCAGCCCUCCCAAAUGUUAAAAAAACACCCUUUUUUUCAGCUUUCACCCAGACUCUGAGCUUUUGCACACUCUUAUUUGAAUGUACACAUGAAGUGCAGUAUAUGAGAGUGUAUGAGUGCAGACCAGCUCCUUAUCUCUUGGACUAAGAUGGAGUCUCAGCUUUGAAGCAGCUUUCAGACAUUCAGCCAUCUCCAGGUUUCAAAAGUGAGAUUAAAACGGUUGCUGCUGAGCAAAGAAGAAGGUUGGGGUUACAAAAGGUUUGCUUCAGGCUCAUUUUUUUUUUUCAUCACACCGAACAGAUUAAUAUUUCUGCUGUCCAACACCUGCUGUGCUGUGCCGUGCUGUCCCACUUUCAGUGAUCCUGUGAAGUCAGGGUGUGUGUCAGCAGCUUUCACAUUUAACAAGUCACCUCUUAGCCUGAACAUGGGGUCAGCUCAAAGUACGAGCUGAAUUUGCAUUAGAAUUAUUUUCCCGUUUCAGCCUGCAAGAGAUCAUUUAUAAGCGAUCUGGUUUCAGUCAGUCUUGAACAAAAAAACUUUAGUACCUAAGACUUUUAUACUUUCUACAGCUGAGAGAUUGUCUUUGGCGGUUUGAUCUUUUUUCUUUUUGGCAUCGACUCAUUUCACUUUUUUUCACUUAGGUGCAGCUUGAAUGGUGAAAAACGUAGAAUCUGUUAGUUGUGAUUGAGUGAGAAACAGAUGAAUGAACGUUACUUGAUGAGUGUAGGGCUGCACGAUUAAUUGAUUUCAAAUCGUAAUCAGAUUGUUUGAUUAUGACGAGGUAAAAAAAAAAUGAAAUUGUCAAAUCGAUUUUUCUCUCUAUCAUGUCUUAUGCCUCUAGGCCACCGUAGUCUCCCUCUUCCUGCGGGAGCGCUCCCCAGCUCUCACACACACCAGUGUAAACAAACAUGGCGUUUGUGAAAGAAGGCGAUAAUUUCAUGGCUAAAAGGAGCAAGAGCAAGAGAGUAGCGUGGAAUUGGUACGGCUUUGCAGUUUCGGAUGAAGAGCGAACCACUCCCCGCUGCACUGUCUGUCUGAAGGUGGUAUCGACUCGUACACACCAAAACAAAUUCAAGUGUAAAGUCAAACAUUUUUUGUUGUAUCAGCGUUUCAUCCACAUGGAAACGGUGUUUCGAGUGACUGUAUACGGUACUCUUUGAAAAUGGGUCAGAGAGUGCAUUAAUCCAUUAACAACUACUGUUUUAUCUCCAUGUGGAUGCCUAUCUGCAUCUCUCUCGAAACGAUUAUGUCACACACAGUGUAACUCCUUUAUGGCGCCUGCGGGUGUCCGGCCAAAACAACCUUUAUACUCAUGCUCUGUACUCUUCUUCUGUCUUUUGUGCAUUUCCUUGGAAACGUUACAGCACCACUCACUGGCAUUGGCAUAUGUACGACAUCAUUUUUAAUGGUUUUGUUUUCAAAGAUGAUAGAAAAACUUUUUAUUUUUAAAGUGACGUUUGGUGAAGUUGUCACAGAAUAUAAAAUCGAAACCGAAAAUGACGUUUUCAGAGAAAAAAAUUGGGAUUGUAUUUUUGGCCAAAAUCGUGCAGCCCUACAUGAGUGAAUAUCUUUUUGCUUUAUCACACGGUCACCUCUCAAGUUGCUCAAAAGGAAGUUUUAGCGCAGAGUCAUUCAGCGCUAACCUCCUGCUACGUGACAAAUGCCUGAGCAGUUCACCAUCGCUCGCAGAGGCUUAAAUUGUGGUCUGAUGACGGCCAGAAGGCUCUUUGAUCAGAGAGUCUGGCUUUGUAGCCUCGUGUGACACCUGAGUGGAAACAUGCAGCAAUAAUGAAGAAACAUGGUGGCAAGACUGUUUGGACUGAGUAAACACCACGAGUCCUGCAAAUAUCCCACAGCAGUGCUUUGGUGUUGUUUACAUCUUCAGAACUUGACUCAACCUUCACACUACAAGCAAAGUCCUCCUCCUCCUCCUCCAAACAGCAUUCCUACAUAUGAGCCUCUGUGAGUGUGAGUGUGCGUAUGUGUGUGGGUGUAUGAGAGGGUAGUACACGGCUUAAUGAGAUGUUGCAGAUGUCUGAAACAGUUGAGAGGGUGAAUCUCUCUGAGUGUCGCCUGCGGCCGAGCAUCACUCUGUCUGCUUUGUUUUUGUAGGUUGCUGCUCAAAGCCGGUAUCGACAUCAACAGAGCCACCAAAGCGGGGACGGCUCUGCACGAGGCCGCCCUCUACGGCAAAACAGAAGUUGUGCGACUGUUGCUUGAUGUAAGCCAAAAAGUAAACUCAUAUAUUAUUUUAUUUCAGCCGGUAUUUGAUUAAGGAAAAUUGGCAAGACUCGAAAAAGAAAUGAAGCUGCCUGCAUCCUGGACUAUUUUCACGACAUAGUUUCUUGGAGAUUUUUAGCUCCACGUUUUAUGUAACAGAAAGUUCCUCAUGAGAGCUUUAUUCAAUUAUAUGAAGUUAUUUUAUUAGAUUAAAAAAUUGUUAAAAGUUGAAAACCAUCACAGAAACAUGCAGUUCAAACUGAGGAAAAAGCAUUUUUAAUCAUUGCAACUUGUGUUAUACCCAACAUUAUGAUUUACAGCAUGUGUAAAGGAAUUAAGAUUUGGCUCUUAUAACUUGUCAGGUGUAAAAACAGACCUCCCAUUAGCAGCCCGGGGCGAUUCAUGUCGACAUGAUCCUGUAAGAACCGGUCUUGAUAGCAAGAGCUUUACAUUUGCCAACGAAAGAUAAGAUUUGAAUCAUUUACUCUUUAGCUGUAUCGAUAAAGUACUUAGUGGGUUAACUUUCAGUGUUGUUUUCCUUUAGUGUUUUAUAUGUUGCUUUAUGAGAAUCACAUGAAAUAUCAGUAUUUGACCCAAUUAUUAAAUCAAUAGUCAGCUUUAUUGUCUUAAAUUCCCCUUAGAGUUGAGGUUAUAUUAAAGGUUCAAAGAAUAAACCAAGUUAUCCUCUUGCAAACUGUUCCUAUUGCAGCAGUCAAGGGAUCAUUUACUGUCUUUUUUUUUUUUAGUAUAUUUUUAGUGUCACAAAAAACAAUAUUGCAGUUUUUAAGAGUAAAGAUGUUUUGUAAUACAUACAUAUAUCCUUCAAAAUGUUGAUAGAAAGAGGAUGUGUUAAACAAUCCAGUCUUCACACGGCCUUUCCUGUGUUUUCUUUAAUAAAUGAGCAAACCAUCUGAGGGAGGAUUUGUUUUAAAAAGUGCUCCUCACCCACACUAAUAAGAUGGUGUGUGUCUCUGUGUGUGUUUAUGUUUGUGUGUGCGAUUAGGCGGGCAUCAACGUGAACAUGCGCAACACGUACAACCAGACCGCUCUGGACAUCGUCAACCAGUUCACCACCUCCACAGCCAGCAGGGAAAUCAAACAGCUGCUCAGAGGUCAGGAGGUUUUCUGAUGUCUUUAUUAAGUUUUGGAUGAGAGGAGGGAGUUUAGUAUCUGUAAGAAAUGCCACAUAAGAGUCAGGAGUUUUAGUUUGUUUUCUGAAGUUGUGUUUCUUUCUUUUGUUCUCGGUGCAGAGGCGUCCAGCUCCCUCCAGGUCAGAGCAGUGAAGGACUACUGGAACCUCCACGAUCCGACUGCCCUUAACCUCCGAGCUGGAGAACUUAUUAUGGUUUGUGUUUUGUUUCUCCUCCGCUUUCCUCAAUAGCUUGAUUUUGAACAUCAAGUUCUGACAAGAUUUAGACGUGGCGAAUACAAAUCUCUCUGAUGGCCAGAGGGGGGCAAAUUAAUAGGACUGGAAGGAUAGAUGACACGCCGCCAUGAAGUCUUACCCCUUUCCCAAACCCCAAAUCAAAUUUAACUCACAGAUUGAACUGCAAAGAUCCCUCAGGUCUAUAUAAUUCACUGCAAAACAGAUUCUUGUGGGGUUUGAAGCAGACACUGUGGUUAUGGGAAAUUCAGUGGCUCUUAUGUUUGUGCUCGUUUUGUUUCCACAGCACUUCAGGAGUCUCGUUUUGAGAUGUCAGUCACAGUGUUAAAGCUCUCUCUACCAAAUCAAAUAUCUACUCUGUAAGGCUGGGCGAUAUGGCCUCAAAUCAAUAUCAUGAUAUAUUAACCAGUUCACCUCGAUAACCAUAAAUGGACGAUAACUACUCCACAAACUGCUUACCCCCUCCCACAUUAACUCCGUCUACUUCAGCAACAACUUUUGAACCGUCCUCCAUCUCCUUAUCUGUCUCCGUCACGUCUCCGAUGUAGGGCAGCGUCUUAAAGGGACAUGAGACCAUAGCCGACCCACACACAUCCAAAACCAACUUUUAUUUCUUCAUUAUUUUGACACAGAAUAUAUUGACAUGGGCGAAAUAACUUUCAAUUUCGUUAUUGGUAAAUUUUCGGUUUAUCGCCCAGCCCUACUACUCUCUGUCUUUGGAAAAACAAGCUUUACCAGCAUGUUCAGAAAAUCAUCAAAAUGAUAAUGAUGCUGCUAUUUUACAGUCUAAUAUGUUUUGUAUACAGAGGAUACAUUGCCCUAUACUCUGUCUUAUGAAUAUCAUUGUCAGAAAGUAAUUUAUUGAGCCAGAUAACCUAAAGAUACCCCGGGUAUGUUGAGCUGGCUUCACAGGUGUUUGCCCCCGGUGUCUCAUAAUCCAUUAUCAUAAGACGCUGCUGGACUGUAAAUUGAUGCAGCUCAGAUUACUUGAUUGCCUGCUGCUUCUGCCUUCCUGUUGACAGGCGGCGUAUUUAUACGAUGAUUAUAUGGUAAAGACUUUAUGAGUGAGGUCUUGUUGUUGGAUUUGUUUGGGAUGUUGCAGUGUAAUUUGGUGUACCCAACACGAGAGACCACAGCAGAGGAACAGGCUCAAACUUGCCGCCGUCACUCUCUCAUUACAAUCUUUGUUUGCUCUUGCGUGCGUUUUUUUUUACUGUGUUUUUGUGCCAUGUAUUUUGAUAUCUUGAUACGAGUCUUUGUGAUGUGUCAGACUCCUGUGCGAACUCGUAUGUUGUUGUGUGGUUCCCUCAUGAGAGCCGAGGUGUUUGUUUUCUCUUCUCCAGGCGUUUUGUUAACACUCAUGAUGAAUGGGUUGUGUAUUUCCAGCUCAUUGGCUCUCUCAUUAUAGUCUUAAAGCAUGCCUGGAGGGGUUACACACACGGCCUGCAUGCUUAGAGGGGAUGUACGGUUGAUGAGGGGGAAUGUUUUCAAAGAAAUCCAGGACUUUCACUAUAAUCGAACCUCUAACUCUCACAUCCCUGUAGAAUUUGUUAGUAAUUUGUUUAUGUCUCACAGUCUGAUGUGAUUGUGCAAACUCUCUCAAGGCUAACGCUAUUCCAGCAAACCUUUCAGCUUAAGUUUGCAAAUGAAUUUUUUUUUACCAUCAGGUCCUGGAGCAGCACUCAGACGGCCGCUGGAAAGGUCACAUCCAUGACACCCAGCGGGGGACCGACCGGGUGGGCUUCUUCCCCCCCUCAGUGGUGGAGGUGCUCAGCAGACGAGCAGGUACACAAACAAACACAAACAAACACAACAAGUACUCACCUCAAUUAUAUGAAGGUGAAAGAAGUUAAUUGUAUUUGUUUACGUAGAUUGGAGGUACUUCACAUGAGUGUUUCCUUUUCCACUAUUCGCAAAUAUGUUUAGGAGUUUGCAUUGGUACUUAUCCCUGAAUGAAUCAAGGCAUCAAUAACCUGGAAGAUAGUCUGGUAGCAGGGUUAUUUGGAGUCUUGGGUUUCUGCAAACCUGCAUCAUAGAGAUGUGUAGUUUUCUGAGUGUAGCACCAAAGAUACUAAGAAUAACACUAACUGUAACACACAUUGAUUUAUCUGCCAUUUUUUUAGGAUUUAAGAUGUAGUAGAUGAAGUAUGAAAAUACUCAACAGAUUUUUUUCAAAUCUGCUAGUGUUGUUGUCUAAUUUUUUAGUAACCAAGAGGUUUUAUCUAGGGUCCCACAACGGCCAAUCUUUGAGUUUGAAGCCUCAGUGAGGAGUUGUAUCUGGUUAUGACAUAAACUGAAAUAAUUUUUUUUUUGGCUUAAAAAAAGUAAGCAAGACUAUCAGCGAAAUGAUUUGUUAUUUCUACAAAGUUAUUAUUAUUCUAUUGCCUGAAACAGUAGACACCAGUACCGCAUCAAAUGGAAAAGAAGCCGCUUUUUCUGAGCCAGCUGUCCAAUUUACAAAAGUAUACUAAACCUCAAGACCAAUUGAAAUAAAGCUAAAAGGAAGAAGACCAUAUAUGGGCAACUUUUGUUAACUCUCUGGUCAUGAUUGGUGUUAUCUUUUAGACCAGUGGUCCCCAACCUUUUUUGUACCAGGGACCAGUUUCACGCAGGAAACUUUUUCCAAAGCCCGGGUAGGGGCAUGGAGGUUCCAAUGACAAAAACCUUAAUCAGUACACAGUAUGUACUGUACAUAGUAUGUAAUCUGGAAACAACAAUUACAUUUUAUAUUAGGCAUUUUUCGUUACACUUUAACAUCAACUCACCAUAAUGCAGAAUCAACCCUUUCUCUCUCCAGCUCACUUUUUGCAAGGGUGUCAAGAGUCAACCGCAAAAGUGAGGCGAUGGCGGAAGUGGUGGUCUUUCAAAAUAAGAUGCUUGGAGGACGGAUGAAAAGAAAAAAAAAUUACAUAAUCAUUGUUAUUUUUUUUGCGGCCCAGUACUAAUUGAUCCACGGACCGGUACCAGUCUGGGGCCCAGUGGUUGGGGACCUCCUCCUUAAACGGCAUGCUAUUUGCCAGUGUUAAUAGACUGCAUAGAUAACCAGGUGACAUGUGGUGUUUCUAUAUGCCCAUCAGAGCCCUGGUGGCACAGUGGUGUAGUGGUUAGCAUUGACGCCUCACAGCAAGAAGGUCCUGGGUUCGAAUCCGGGUCAGGGUGUUUCUGUGUGGAGUUUGCGUGUUCCCUCUGUGUCUGUGUGGGUUUACUCCGGGUACUCCGGUUUCCUCCCACAUCCCAAAAACAUGCAGGAGUGAGGUUAGGUUAAUUGGUCACUUUCAAAUUGCUCGUAGGUGUAAAUGUGAGUGUGGAUGGUUGUUCGUCUCUAUAUGUCAGCCCUGCGAUGAACUGGCGACUUAUCCAGGGUGUCUCCUGCCUUUGCCCCAAGACGCUGGGAUAGGCUCCAGCCCCCCACCCCCUCGACCCCCAAUGGGAUAAGUGGUAGAAAAUGGAGGGAUGGAUAAUUAAAGCCCUUUCCAAACAUGCACUCUAGAAAAUUUCAGAAGCUCUCAACCGGUAAUGUCCAUGACUACAUCUGGGAAAUUAAACACUCGUCCUCACCCCCAAAAUUAUAUCAGAAGGCUAGCAGGAAAUAUUCCAGGUGAAGUCAGGGUGAAAAACUGAAAUGAGUGCAUGUUUGGUCCAGUGAUAUUUGCACUUAGAGGGGAAAUUUUCACUUCCUUUUGGACCCGAUCAUACAUUCACAUCUGCCACUAAAUUUGAGAUGGCUGCAUUAGUAAAGUAGGCACACAUUUGCACGUGUGACGAAUGGAUUUUGAAAAUUUCCGCUGUGAGUAUCGAGUACGUCUUUUAAGAGGAGAGGACUACUGGGAGCACAGCAAGGCUAAAUGUUUCUCAUCCCACACUGUGAUUGCAGUAACUCUGUCCCAAGGCCAGAUUAAAACCUCCACACUGGAGGUCUGAGCUGACAGAGUGGUGUUAAAGGGCUAACUGAAGCCAUCGGUUAGAACUGGGCUAAGAAUAUAACUCGACCCUUGUACACAAGUAGGAUCUGUCAUGCUGGCAUGCAUGAUCGCUGGACGCCUCAGUAAAUCAUCAGAUUUAAUCCCGGAGAAUAAAAGGAAUAUGAUCUCAACGCUUGUUUCGCAGCUGUAAAGCCGCUGACAUUCAAACAGCGAGACAGGCUACGCAGUGAGGAGUCCAAUAACAGCAGCGGACCGACACACAAACACACACACACUCACACAUGAGUUAAAACAUUUCUGGGUCUGAAACAAGCCGGGCAACACACACAGAAACGCAGAUACUCACACACACAGACACACAUUAAUAGGAUUACUAUGGCCAGAUUGCAAAGUGUCAGCUCAAUGCUAAAGCCCUUACAGACUGCAUCGGGAUAUAUUGUGUGUGUUUUCCUGUGUGUGUGUGUAUGCGUAUGUAUGUGUGUGUGUGUGUCUGCUCAUGCUUGAGGGAGAAGAGACAACAGAAAGAGAGUUUGACUUUAAGUCGUUGACAGGCUCUUUGCGUCUGAGGCAAACUCAGCAGAGUGGGUGCGGAAAUGUGUGUGUGUUUCUGCUCGUGUGUUUGCGUCUGCUUGUGUGUGCCUGAGCUGUGCGAUAAUGUCAAUGGUGUCAGCAACUGAGGACCAACAACGCACAAAAGGAAAGUAAGCUCUUCUAGCGUCGCUGGUGAUCUUACAUUCCCAUUCAGCGGCCUCUUAUGUAACUCCAGAGGGGAUUGACUCUGACUUAAUCCGUUUUUUACUCGUUGUUUAAUAAACUUAAGAAUCAACAAAACAUGCUCAAGUUAGUAAUGUGCUCACACGACUUCCAAAAGGUGGAUCUCAUUGCAGUCUUGCAGCUUGUUCUCAUUCCUGCGUUUGCAGCUCAAACUAACCACCACACAUGCAUGAACAUGAACCUCUCGCCCUCACUCAUGCAUGCACACUUCUCUUCCUCACACUAGGGGGCACUCUCUCCCGCCAAGCUUCAAAAUCUUGCCAACGACAGCACUUUGCAUCUCGAGCUCCUUCCUCAAGCAACGGCCACGCCCCUCAGACCGAAGACUCGCUCGGCUAUGAUCCCACAGGUAGAAAAACACACACGCGCACACCUGCUUCUUCCCAUCUGUUUGUUUUACAUUCAACACCUGUGAUGCGUUCAAGGUCUGCAGGACAAAGAUGGAUUAGUGAGCGGGUCAAGGGGUCAGGGGCAACAAGGAGUAGGAAACUAUCUUUGCACGUACUGAAAGACUACAAAGCUACCAGGGUGGGAUGCUUAAUGCUUGAAAAAGAACAAGUAUUUUCCUUUUUAUAUUUGAAAUCAAACUUUUUCUUUCACACCAAAUUGUAUUGAUCCUUUUAAAAUACCAUCCUGUUUGUGACUCACUCCAGCAGCACCACCUCUUUGAGUAUUUUUUCACUCAAAGGUUUUAGAUUUUGCAUUCCUAUGCCUCGCUACUUCCCCUGUUCAUUCUUGUGUGAUUUCUGUGUGCGCACGUUGCCCUGCAGUCUAACGUCCUUAUAUGGGCAUCAGAGGAGGCGAUUUUUCUUUACUAAUUAUGAAAAACUGGCACAAGCUUCAAAAAUCACAAGGACGUGGCUCUCCUCAAUUCUGCAGUUCAAGAUCGAGUUCAAGAAUUUGCGUCUGAUUUCUCUGAGAAACCCUCAUGAGAACUAAUUAAGAAAAAAAUCAGAGGCAGUUUGUUGGUGAAUUUGGCUAAAAAUGAGGGUGAGAGAAAAAUAAACACAUGAACAUCCAGAAAACUGCCUCAGAGUCACACACUGAUAAAAAAAUGACCAUUGAGACAACAAAACUGACUAAGAUGACAUUCAGAUAGACAAUGACUAUGAAAAGAAACAUACCAAAAAAGAGAGCAAAUUUAAGGAUGUAUUUAUGUUAUAUCAUGGUGGUCAAUUCUGGACAGAGGAUCACAUUUUUUUAAUGUUUGUUUUUAAAGCUCUUAAUGGCCUCAUCGCUCCCAUCUAUUUCACUGAGCUUUUAACCGUUCGGGAGCCUGGUAGCGCUCUGAAGUCAUCAAACCAACUUCUGCUGGAGGUGCCCACAUCAAAAUACAAACACUGGGGUGACCGAGCCUUUUCGGUUGCUGCUCCCAGGCUCUGGAAUAAGCUCCCCACUGAAAUGUGACUUAUUUCUGACCUGGGCCUUUUCAAAUCUCAACUGAAAACGUAUUUAUUUAUGCUGGCUUUCAAUACCCAGUAGCGUGGUGACACUUCUACUUUAUUUUAUUGCAUUCAAUCUUCUUUUUUUGAUUGCUUUUACUGAUUUUAUUUAUUCAUUUUUAUUUAUUAUGUGUUGUAGAGCACUUUGGUUCACCAAAAGGGUUGUUGUAAAGGGUUGUAUAAAUAAAGAACAUUUACAUUUACAUUCAUAUCGGAGUAGAGGUCUAAUGGUGACCCACUCUCCUCUACUAAUGACAGCAUCCUUGUGUAUAGUUUGUCGUUACUUUGUCUCUUUUAGCUUGUUUGUGUGUUUCAAAUAUCGAAGAGACUUCAGGGUCCAUGACUGUGUCCGAGUAUCUGCUUGUUGAUAAUCCUUCGUUGUUCCCAGGUUUCGUAUUUCCUUCCAAACAGACCCCUGUCUCCAUCAGUCCUCCGGUGCUCGGCUUUGAUAGGUCCACUCCCAGCAGCAGUUUGUGGAGUAAACAGUGCGUGUGUCUAAAGUGCGUGUGUGUGUUUGUUAGGUGCAGCUAAUCCUGCUAGCCCCACUCAGGACAUUUGGGUCCUCAGGAGCUCGCCCACUGGUAAGGGUGUGUGGUCCCCAAAAACUCCCGCUACCCCCACCUGACCCUGCGUGAACCUGUAGACCAGAUCCCAUCCCAGUCUGAUGACAAACUGGGCUUCUUUUAGGAAGCUUAUUCCCGUCCUCAUCCCUUUUUAUCCCAACGCCUUGACCUUACUGUGCCACCCUGCAAAUCCCCACCCCCAAUAAUCCAGAAAAAUAAUCAUAGUUGUCUCACAGCAGGAUGAAAUGGUGAGUGAGCAGCUCUGCUUUACAGCCCUCUCUGUGACUCCUGUGACUCUCAUCCACUAUUUUAUCUGAGGGUUUUUUUUUUGUAAGGCUGUCCAGCUCUGAUAGUCUGCACUGCAAAAAUGUAUCAGAAAUCUUCUAAACAAGUCAUUUCAUCUGGCAUUGUGUUAAUUUUCAUAGAUGAACAAAUGAGUUAUUUAUGUUCAACCGUAUUAACAAACUGGAUAAUUCCUCACAGGAACAUUUUCAUGAUUUGGAGAAUAUAUCAAAAAAGAAGUAACAAAAAGUAAUCAUUUUCUUUUUGGUUUUUACACAAUAUAUAAAAGCCACAUCAGGCAAACUCAGAAUCAUAAGAGUGUAAAGUUGUGAUAUCAUGAGAACAAACUUGUUAUCUCAUUCUCUUAAUACAAUGUCAGUCUCCUAAUCUUAAAAAAGAAAUUAUAAGUGAAGUCUUUUUCAAGAAUUACUUUAUUUUCCUGCUACAUCAUUCUCAUGAUUCUUACACUUGUCUUCUUCAGAUUGGCCCUAACACUACACCCCACUAAAUCAGUGUCAUGUCAGUGUGUUAGGAUAGAAACUGGGCUUGAGAAUUCUUAAAAAUCCAAGUGCAUCAUCUGUCUGUGGAGGAUCUUGUUUGUUAGGUUUCCUCCUGUUGUUCCUCCUCUGCUCUGAUAAUCAGGUACAGGAGUCUGCAUUUGUCAACAGAGCUGCUAAUCAUGAUCUCACCUGUUUUUUUCUUGAUUUAAUAACUGAUUAAAACCAAACCUCUCAUAGAAAAUGAAUACUAACACGUGAAUCAGUGCAAUAAGAACAAACUAUAAUAAUUACAGAAGCAUGCCUUUUAAAAACUGCAUUUGAAGUGUAUUUUUGUCUUAUAGUUUUUCUAACAGAGGUCAGGUUUAUGACCUGCACACACACACAUAUAUAUUCAUACACAGAGGGGGCAUCAAGAUAAACUUCCUCCAUUCUCACUCAUCCACAUGCUGCCAGCUUUGUUACCCGGAGCGAAUAUGCGUUUAGUGUCUUUCCCAAGGACAUUUCAGCAUGUGACUGCAGGGAUCAAAGUGUCAAUCAUACGUUUGGAAGACUCAGCCACACUCACCCCUGUCACUAAAAAUGAUGACAGUUGAUUUGCAGCGUUUCAGCUCCAGGCUUUCACUGGGCAAACAGUCUACCACUGAAACCUCCAUUGUCUUUUUUGCUCAGAAAGACAGUGAUAGACACAGUAAAGCCCUUCUUUUCAUAUCACGUGACAGCUGUACAGAUGCAGAUGUGCGAAGAGUCUCUUUACGCUUGUAGCAUCACGAAAGCCAGACCUGGAGUUAACUGCUGCUAGUCAAAUUAUAUACUUUAAGAAUGAAUAAAGAACCACACUCACUGUAAAUAACACCUGAUUAGCAAAGCAGCCUUAUUAACUUUGGCUUGAUCAUUUCUUAAAGUCUGUUGCUUGACUGAAAGACAAAACCAGACCUAGAGCUCCUGGGUUAAGGGACCUAAAAUGCUAGAAUAGAGUCAACUUUGGGUUAACAUGUAUCAAAAUUGAAAAUACUUUUGGAUGAAAUUUGUCUACGUAGCAUCAGCCAAGCUAACAAAAAACAAAUACAUCCCAAAAUGACAAGCGAACCUUCCUCAGUAGAAUUGUAAAUGACUUGUUAAGUUCUUUUGUCUUUUGCAGUGCACCCAGGCCACAAACUUUCAGCUUUAAUUCAAAACUGCGCUUUCUCACGACUUCCUCGCAUUGACAGUCUCUCCAAGUAUCAUUUAACAUUGUGAUCGCUAUCUGUCUGUGUCUCUUUUUUUGUAAAUUUCUCUCUCAGGCGACAGAAACAGUGUUGGCAGCUCGGGCAGUGUGGGCAGCAGCCGCAGCGCCGGCAGCGGGCAGAGCUCAGAAAGCGGACACAAACAGAACGGGAUUCAAGGCCGCCACAAUGCUGAAAACGGGAAGGUGAGAUCAGCUCAGGAGAGAUAUUACUCUCAAAUUAAGGAGAAUAAACACAAUAAAUGACGUAGUUCUCCGUAUGUUCUCAAGUUUUUAUCCUGUCAAUCUUUCUGUCUUACCCACUUCAGUUUUUCUUGUUUCAUAGUUACCUACAGCCUGACUGUAAUGACUAAAAACAGAAGACUUCUUAUUUAGCUUUAUGUUCCUAAGUCCUUUUUGUAGUUCAUGUUUCACAAAACUUGAUUGUUUGAUUUCCUGAACUUGUUAUGGAUAAUUUUCUGCAGAGUGCUGUAUUAAACAGAGCUGGUUAUCAUUACAAUUUCCUCUAUUUGUCUUUGUGUGCAGCUGGCUCCCUCUGCUGGUGAAUUAGGAGAACAUCUCCAUACCUCAGGAACAGACGAAAACAAACAUGCAGAUGGAAGUUUAAGUGAGUCGGGCUGCUUAUCCUCUUUCCUUUUUGUUUGUUUAUUAAAAAAAUCCUUUAAUUCUGGUAAUAUGUUACAAAUAGACACACUCUCUGCACCUUCAUAAAGCUGUAAUGUGGCUGCAAUGGCAGUGCUGGAAGACUAUGACUAAUAGAGGGGAACAAGUGUUCAGAAAGCAAAAGAUUUACUGUAUAUACCAUUAUAGAUACAAAACAAACAAGUAAUGUGAGAGAUUUCUCUUUUUUACAAAAAUCAUACACAAGUUCAUAUUUAAAUUUACGCUGAGAAAGUUGUUAAAUUUGCAUGGAUGUUUACGAAGGCAUUAAAUGUGCAAAUUGUGGGGGGAAAGUGUCUGUUUGUAGUUAAAGCUCCUGUUGGGAAUUUUUGGUUUGUGCUAUUCUGGCGCCCCCUGUGGUCACAGCAGUUUUCACUUAUCUUGUCCUCUACCAACUUGGAACCACAUCUGGCUGGCUUUGACAGUCACAUGUGUCAUUGAUUGUGAUAUCUACUGGUGGAAAUAGUCAUAACAGGGGCUGUUUCUUGAGAUACAUUACUGACACCUACCCCCUUGCAACAGUCUCAGGCAUUAAAAAUGAGGAUAUGAAAAUUUCCAAUCUUGUUGCUGAAGGUCUUGUUUAUCAUGAAAAGGCAUCAAUAGGAUUUUCAGUGGAUUUCACAAAUGUCAAAAAACUUUGCGCAGGGGCUUUAAUCUGCCAAGACGUACUUUUUCGAGACAUUUCAUCAGAGUGUCACAUGAGGUACUCAGGCUCUUUGACUCUGCCAUCACUUAAUGUGCAGUCAUAGAAGGCUGAAAAUACAGGUCAUCACUGUCUCUGUCUCUCCCUUCAUCUUUCACUCCACUUUUGUCAGCCCUAAAAAAAAGCAAAAGACAGAAACACAGAUGCAGACAGAGAGACGGAGAGCUGAGAUAACGUGUGUGAUCUGCAGUUCUUCUAUUGAUCAGUUUAAAAUGAGAGCUGAACUUCAUCCGAUUACAGUACAAAAUAUGGAAAUUCUGCAAUAAACCCGCUGAUCUCUGCUGUAAAAUAUCUGUAUCUUCAAUCAGAUGAAUUAUUAUGGACCGCAGUGAGCUGCUUCCAGGUUUUAUCUUCUGAUCGUGCAAAGUAAAGCAUGUGGAGCAGAUCAUGUUUGAACUCAAAGUGCUGUACAUAAAUAGACAAAGCAACGCAGACAUCAAAAACGAUCAAAAAACAAUUAAAACAGUGGAUAAAAUAAAAGCAGAUAUUAAAAAGUCAGAUAUAGUUUCAAUGUUUUUAAAAACUAAUUUAAAAACAAUAGAAACAAGUAACUAAAAACCAACCAUAAAACACUAAAACUGGAGCCGAGUCUCAUGCGGGGUUGAAAGCCAAUGAAUAAAAAUGGGUUUUAAAACGAGCACAGUGCGCUUGAUGGGAAAAUGCAGAUCACCACAUACUAAUGCAAGACAAAAAUAGGGAUUUAAACAUGCCUACAUGUGCAAACUCACACCAGAGGAAUCUCACAGGUGUUGUAUAAAGUAGAGCUGCAGGUUGAUGUUGUUAUUGCAUGCCUGUCUGAUAGGAAAUAAGGUGGAAGGAGGAGGGAAACCUCACCUCACCACAGAAACCAAUAAAACCACGAUCUGCUCUCAACCACAAGACCCAUAAAAGACCCGAUCACCUCCCUGAGGAAACACUCAAACGUGUCUCUGUGUGAAUGUGUCAGAUCUGAGCAGCAGGUGCACAAAAAUCUCAGACACAUGCUUCUGCUUUCCUUGGGGAUCUUAAAAAAUGUUUAGGAGUGUCCUGCUGGAUGAGGCCGAGGAUAGCUGUUUGACCUCCGGCUGAGUAAGGAGUGCCAGAAUGAAGGAGUAGAGAAGUGAGGAGUUGGAGGGAGGGGUCAGGGAGGAGGAGACAGGAACAGAGAGAAGAGCCGAGGGAGAAAAACACAUCAGUUAAAUGAAGGGGACGGUCUGAGGGAGACAGAUUAGUUCACUGAAGGUGUGGGAACAUCUGCUCUGCAUGAAGGACAAAAGGAAGGAUGAAGUGCAAAACAUCAGGAGGUCUGUCCCUCUUGUUUCUCUUGAAGGGUAAGAAACAUGAUGAGAUGAUUUAUUCUGACUGCAGGGGUUUGAGGAUUUCUCCAGAUUUCACAUUUUUUGAGUCUGUUAUUGUAGUUUUUCUCUAACCUCAGUGUUUGUUGAUGCAGACGGAGAAAGGUCUGUGGUGGAUUUGUCAAGUUUUCUCAGACAAAUUUGACUAUCAGUCCUGUUUCUUAAUAACACUCUGGAAGAAAAGAAGAAGUGAGUGAAGAUGCAGUGGUUAAACUUGUAGUCCUGUCUUGUUUUGACAAAAUUUCAGAGUCAGAUGUUCGGUGGAGUGUACAGACUCAGCCCAAAAGCUGAUGAAGUUUUGUCUUGUGCCCUGAGGAUAAAUACCUCUCUGCUAGGUGUGUUUGGCUCACUCAGGUGUGCAGGGCCUCUGACCUCAAAAACAAGAACAGAAACAUAAAGUCCAAAAGCAGAACGAGUGAAGAAAACUGUGAGCAGAAACUCAAUUGUGUGCGGUAUAGAUUUUAAAAAUGCAUGGACAUCUUGCUUACUGAUGCAUAUAAUCUUUUGGACUAAUUUCAAAAUGUGAAGAAAUGUGCUUAUCCAUUUUUUCCUGCAGGAUUUGGAUUGACAGGUGUAAAUUUGUUGAUUUGCAUUGAGCAAAAAGUCUUGUUGGGACAGGGCUAGCCUUGUUCCCUACGACCUGUUUCUUUGCUCAGAAGUGGUUGAAAUUAAAAGCACCUCUUGGUUUAAAUGAAAAUGUCCAGUAAGAAGAGUUUUAGAUUAUUAUGCAAAAUACACCUUUUCAUUUUCUUUCCUUUGUAUUAAAGGGAUAUUCCGGCGUAAAAUUAAGUUAGUGUCAAAAACACUGUAACGCUGAGUUAGACACCCCGUCGUGAGAUGAAUGUUGCCGACCGCUUGCUUCUCUAGUUAUACCAACUUUAGUAAUGACCACAUGACCAAACUGCCACUCUAUAGCCACAAAUAAUGCUCAGAAGAGCACCUAAUUUCAUCAACAGCCAUAGCACUUGCCAUCAAACAUCUUUUUAGGUUUGCCUAAUUUCUUUAGCAAAGAGACUAAACACAACUCACCUACUUUCUUCCAGCAGCCUCUUGGCGAGACCUCCGGGCCAGUCCAUUACUGACUACAGCAGGGUGACGCAGCUCAAGGAAGAACAUUUAUGAUCAUUUCUUCAUGGAAAUGCUAUCAGACCGAGACGCUAAGGCAGAAGAACUAGCGUGUCUGCAGUGCAAAAUGAUUAAUAUAGUGAUUAUUACUUAAAGGAAAUGAUAAAGAAAUUAUCAUAAAUGUUCUUCCUUGAGCUGCGUCACCCCGCAGCAGUCUGUAAUAGACUGGCCUGAUGUCUCGCUACAAACAAGCUGCUGAAUCUGUUAUAUUGCUUUGAUAAUUUAAGCUGAGGUUGAUCAUGUAGUGAGCCUAGUUUAGCAAUACAACUUGAAGGUUUUAAAAUGAUAAAAAAUUUAAAGAGUAUUUGCCUCGCUUGUAUUUAAACUUUCUCAUGACACUUAAACUUAUGUACCCUGUUAGGAAUUUUCAUGUUGUGUGGAUACAAUGACGUGUGUGUGUGUGUGUGUGUGUGUGUGUGUGUGUGUGUGUGUGUGUGUGUGUGUGUGUGUGUGUGUGUGUGUGUGUGUGUGUGUGUGUGUGUGUGUUGGUGUGAUCAGGUCAUUUCCCACUUAAAGUCAAAUAUUUAAAGCUUCUAAAGAAGUUUUAACUCGUUUCGAAAACUGAUUAAAUUUAAGCUUUAUGAACUAAAACAGCGAAAAAAUACCAUCAUCAUUUUUAAUGUCUGAGAGGGUCAAACUAGACCAUUGAGUGCAUGCUGAGGAGCCAACAUUUCUUCACAUGGUCCAAUACAACAUACAGAAGGAAUAACACAGCUUAUUUUAUUGUAUUAAACUACCUUGAUGUAAAGGACAAGAUCAGGAAAGUGAUAAGAUGUGUAUCUUUGCCUGCAGGGGCGUUCUGAAGUUGACUUGAACAAUAAGUCUCCACAGGAGCUUUAACACAGCCAGGUAAUUAGUAAGACAGCAGGGUAAUUAUGUCUUCGGGUUUUAAUCCCAGUAGAGCCUGUUUUUUCCUCAGCCAUCAUUAGCCUCCAAAUGGUUAGGUUACAGUGUAUCUUGCUCCUUCCUCAUCUACACUUUUCUACUCUGGCACCAAAAAUAAAAACGGAGAAGGCUGAAAUGCCAGACCUAGGUCUCUAAAGUAGUAGGUAACAUAAAUAAGAGGUGUCAUGUUGGCUAAUUGUGCAGAUAGUUUCUGUUUUACCAAAGUGGAGGCGGAUAUCUCAGAGGGAGUUUUAUCUACACAAGGAUACAGAAAACUCUCGAUCUGGUGAGACAAACCAGAUUCAUAUCACAUUAUUUUCAGUGAUCCCUCACAUCAUUUACUCUGACUACUUUACUGUUUGUUUGGAGACUUCUUAAAGACGACUGUAAAUGGUAUAAACCAAAAAACAAGAGGGAGCAUUCAAACCACUGACCUGGGGCUAAAGAGAGGCCGAGACAGGAAAACUGGAGUAAAGGUGCAUUCCUGAGUGAUGUGUGGUGAAGUGUCUCGACUCAGAGAGAGAUGAGUCAGGAGUGUGUUCAAGUGUGUUUUCAGAUCACGUAGAUAACAAAACUUCAGUCAACUGAAGAGACACAACAACACCAACCCCCACCCUUACCCUGACAGCUCCAGGCAGCAGAUUUAAUAAGUCUUUACUGUCUGCGGUAGAGUUGAGUCUGUCUUCAGUCUCUACAGUCACUCACAAACUGAACAUGGUAGAAGAUGUCAUCCUUUAUGACUGAUCAUGUGUGCUUUCUAGGUGGAUCCCGUCGGCAGGUCAACGGCACGCCUCAGAAAGGCUUCGUGAGGCCAGAGCACCUUCUGGAGGGCAAGGUGAGCUCACUAAAAAAGAGCGUCUUUGAUAACCUGGGAGAAAGAGAGAAAGAGAGAGAGUGAAUGUAGAGAGAUCUUUACUCUCUUUCUUUGUUUCCAGGACGCUGAAGCCAUCUAUCAGUGGCUGUGUGAGUUCCAGUUGGAGCAGUACACCUCCAACUUCAUCAACGCAGGAUAUGAUGUACCCACCAUCAGCAGGAUGACCCCAGAGGUUUGUAUGACACAGAUUACUGCAACAGUCCAUGUUUUUACCUAUUUUAGGGUUCAAAUGAUGAAUGCGUUCAAGUCACUCAAACUCCUGUAUUUGACAGUGAUUUAAGUUUUAAUCAAAUCACAGAGAAAAUGAUUAAGUCUUGUUUCUUUUAAGCUCAACGAGAUCAGGCCAAUUUUACAACCCCAUUCUCAAAAAUUAAGUCAUUGUGGAAAAAUGCUGAUUUAAACCAGUUUUGAUGGUUUGCAGAUUUUUAGAAUGCUACUUUUGAUUAAAAACAUUGUAAAGACAAGAUGUCAAUGCAUGAAACCUAGAAAUUACCCCUGUGGUCCCUCUCCUUUUCAGAUAUUUAAGUAGACUAUGUUUUUGUAAGUACUUGAAGAUACUAUAUUACAGCAAUGGAGGAAAGGAUAUUUUAAAGUGUAAUAAAGAGAAAUCAAAACAUUGCUUGUUAAGAUCGGGCAUUCUCCACAGCUGCCCCUACCCUCUGGAACUCCCUACCUCCCUCCAUCAGACACUGCCCUGACCCCACUACUUUUAAAUCCCUUUUAAAAACUCACUUAUUUAAAAUUGCUUUUAAUAUUUAACUGUUUUGUUCAUCUUACUGUUUUCAUGUCUUUGUUUUAUUAUCUUGAAUUUGACGUAAAGCGUCUUUGAGUGUUUUUAAAAGCGCUGUACAAAUAAAAUGAAUUAUUAUUAUUAUUAUUAAAGACCUUUAUUAUUCAACUAAUGAAACAAUAUUUCACAGAUUUUCACUAUGGUGAAUGAUUUAGUUGAGUUUUUCAUUGAUAAAAUUGCCCCAAAAUGCAGGAUACUGUUAUCUAGUUAAAGCCUGAUUAAUUAUAAAUACAUUGUAAAGGAUUUUUUAUGUCUGUUCUUGGUUACAAAAAGCAUGUAGGUGUUUUUUUCACAUUGAGUAAUUAUUAGAUUAUGUAAAACCCUUAAUCCAGAAUAAGUCUUCUCUAUCAAAUAAUGAUGUUUUGUCAGACAGUGAACAAAAAUGUUACUCAUUACACACGAAUCAUUCACAUAUAUAAGGAAAAGCUGGGGACCAAGGAUAGAUCCUUGAUGUACUCCUUAUUUUAACUCUCUCUAGCUUAAGUCACUACUAUUAAAGAAAGUUAUAGUGUUUUUGAUUGUCUGAGAAAGACAUUUUAAUGACGAUACAUUUUACUCCUGUGUUCUUGUGAGUCCUUCAUUAACCAGCUGCUUUCAUGUGUUUGUCCUCUAGGACCUGACAGCCAUCGGAGUGACCAAACCAGGCCACCGGAAGAAAAUCUCAAUAGAAAUUAGCAAACUCAGCAUCCCUGAGUGGCUGCCUGAUUACAUCCCUGUAAGAAAACGACUCUUAACGACUCUUUGUGAAUUUAAGCUACUGUCUCUUUGUUUUAACCAAAAAAGUGAUCCUGCUUAUUAAAACCUACAGAGGACAACAUCACUAUAUCUUAUCUUUGUGUUUGUGUAUUGCUGCUCAGGCGGACCUGGGGGAGUGGCUGAGCGUGAUCGGACUUCCUCAGUACCAGAAGAGAUUGUGUGACAAUGGAUACGACUCCAUCACAAUCGUCAAAGACAUCACCUGGGAGGACUUGCAGGAGAUCGGCAUCACCAAGCUAGGUGAGGAAAAUGAGACUUGUUUUAUCUGUUUUUGUUCUCUUUGACAUUGAAUCGUUUUUACUGCAUUGAAUACAGUGUGAUAAAUGCAAUGCUUUUGUUUCAGGCCAUCAGAAGAAGCUCAUGUUGGCGGUGAAGAGACUCUGUGACCUGCAGCGCUCUCGUAACCAAGCUGACAGAGGUGGGACUCUCAGGCGGAAGCCCCCUGCUGCCCUGGAACUGGUGGCCAUCGAACACACGCCGACACAUGUCGUGCACACUCACACUCGCCCUGACACUGCGUCUGAUGACUGCUGCCCUUCCCCUCGCACACCCAAGACCCUCCUCUCCUUCCAGGACAGCGAGUUGAGCGCCGAGCUGCAGAGCGCAAUGAUGGGCAGGGCAGGAGGCGGAUCAGCAGAGGCGUUCGGCAUCAGGGGCGUGACAUCCGCCGCAGCUAUUUCUUCCAUGUCAGUCAGUCAGGACAGUAUCAGCGUGCGGUCACGGGGGUCUGGGAAUUCUGGGAAUUCUGGGAAUUCAAAUUCAGGAUAUUCUCAAGAUCAUCAAGCGGCGCCGCCAGGGCGGAUAUGCAGCCGGUCAGAGGAGAGUCUGGGGAGUGGUGCGGGGGAGGAGGCCAAGCGUGGAGGAAGCAGUCCUGCAGGGAGGAGUAGACAGAGACCCACAGAGAUGUGGGAGCAGCAGAGUCGAUCUACUACACCCAACAAACUCCUUUUCUCACCCCUGACUCCCCCUCUCACCCCCAGCAAGAUGCCCCGUUUUGCUUACCCAGCCGUCCCACCCAAAACGAAACACUUCCAAUCUCCGAACCGCCUCUAUCAGCCUCAGCACCACCCGCCGUCCUCCCCCUCCUCACCGUCUCCACAGCCUUCCCCCACACAGAAAGGCUUCAGUUACCUUCAGGCCCAGGCAGGAGGUGUCAACGGGGGUCAGUGGGUGCUCCCGAAACCACUACCUGGAGCUGUCCCUGUACUGGGACCCCGACCUGGACAGAUCCCCGCUGAUGACACCCAGAGGGGCCCGCACAAGAAGCGAGCGCAAAGCCUGACUCGCUACGCUCUGUCCGACGGCGAGCCAGACGAGGACGAUGACCUUAAUCCUCCCUGCACCACUACUUCCUCUGCGGCGAUGCCUUCAUACGCCACUCUGUCACGCAGGCCAGGACGCGGACACACGGCCCCCUCAGGAGCCCAACGCAACCUUAACCGCAGCCACUCGUUCGCUGUCAGAUCCCGACGCAAGGGCCCUCCUCCUCCGCCACCAAAGAGGAUGAGCUCAGUGAGCAGCAGCCCUGCACGCCAACCAGGAAAUGGGAAAGUGGUGGAGGACGAAGUUAAGGGAGGAGUGGAGACAGAGAGCACAGGGAGCGUGAGGAGCAUCGCGGCCCGGCUGGAAGGAAGCACCAGCAGCAGCAGCGGCAGUCCGUCCAGGAGGAUUGAUAUCCCACCAACAAAUAUCCCAGUUUCUCCCGUUUUCAGCCCAGUUUCCUCUCCAGUUCCACACACCAUGUCUCCACACAACCUCUCAAUGCACUCCAAACCCGUCCCUGCUCUUGGCCUGGGGGGUCUGAGGAGGACUGGUAGCGAGAGGAUGGAGGGAACGCAUGAUGAAAGAGAGAAAGCGAGAAAAAUCGAAAGAACGUCAAAAAGCGCGACCGCAUCCCCGAAGCACAUCGCUGUCGACCGCCUCGCUUUUGCUGAAGAAGGAAACCUCACCAUCAAACAGAGACCGAGGGUAACGCCCAUGAACCAACCAGACGCCGAAGUCAAGACGCCUCUAGAAGGUCAGGUCCAGACCCCCAACAGCCUGGACCUCCCAGAGUUCAAUCUAAAAGAGUCUGACACGGUUAAAAGACGACACAAACCAAAAGACCCGCUAUCACCUGAGGAGGCAACCACCCCUACUAGAGAAGACAACUACAACCCACAAACCGGGAGCCUCCAGAUACACAACUGUGUCAGUCCACAGAGUGACGAUGAAUCUCAGAGGCCAGGGAGGGUCUUCCAGAGAGUCGGCUCCAUGGGAAAAGGUCCAAAACCUCCAGUGUCUUCAAAACCAUCCAGUCCUUUCAGACAGUCCCCCAGCAGCAGACCGGUCACCCCUCUGAAAGUAGUCCAAGCCAGUGCGCAGACAGCCAUUCCCAAACUGACCAGUGUCCAGAUUCACACGGUCUCUCCAAAGCUUGGUUCCAGUGUACACACACACACAAACAUACCAAGCCCUAAACCUGGGAAACACCCGCAGACAACGUCCCCAAAACCAGAGAGUCCACAGAGGGCUUCAGGUUUGCCCGUAUCAAGACUCCCUCAGCCCGGCAUGGUCUCAGCUUCAACAGCAGGUAAAAAAAAAACUGUAAAACCAAAAUUUGGGUGUCAUUCAGUGACAUUGGGAUGAGAUAGAAGUAGAGGAUACAGGCAGAGAGGGACUACACUGUACUGAAAACGAGGUUACUCACUAGGGGUGUUCUGAUACGAUAUUGAUAUCAGAUAUUGGUCCAACAUCAGCAAAAGAAACUAUAUCGGAUUAUAUCGGCCUGCAUCUAAUCUCCGAUUACUGACUAAUCUGCCGAUUUUUAAAAUUUUUCAUGAAGUUAUAAAAAAUAUAUAGUAUACAGUAGAUAUCUACAGUAUACUAUAUACUGUAGAUAUACUGUAGGCUACUGCUCUUUACGCCGACAGGAAGACCGACUGAUUAAACUCAGACCAGAAAAGCUUUUUCAACUAAUAACCCUACCCCCACCCCCCCACCCUGAUUGGUGCCUCCGUUUCAUAACUCACGUUACUCAUUUCCGGUCCGGUCUCAUCUGGAGACAUGCAGCUGCCAGCUACGUAGCGUGUACUGUUGUUUAUUAUACCGUUACUGACACGGCUAACAGUGUAGCAAGGCUAAUAGCAGGUGGCUAACUCUAACUUUAGCUUGUAUAUUACAUGGUGCUUCACCGUUACCUCGGAGUGACCGAGACCAGCACAGCAGGGAACAUCGUGAAGUGGGUCAAACUGAAACUUGUUGACUUAUUGUGUAUUUCACAAACUGGUUUAUUAACCGUUGAGGCGGACCACUCUCCUCUGUGCGUCACUGAGCUGCCUGCUUCAGAUCUGUCACUUUGCUGUGCUGUGAGGUAGUUAGUGGAUGAAGAGUGUCAUGAGGUCGCUGCGCCAUCUACAGGAUAAGUCGGGGGAUCUUUCAAAUGGUAGAACAUUUUCGAAGUGAAAUCGAAUCUUAUUCUCCACUUUUUAUUUCUGAAAAUAUUGGCAAAAAUCGGUGAAUUUUGGCCGAUUACCGAUUAGUCUCAAACUGGCUAAAAUUAGCUGAUUUAAUCAGCUCGCUGAUAAAUCGGUUGGGCCCUAAUAUUGGUAUUGGUCAAUAUUGAAGGCUACAAUAUUGGUAUCGUCUUGGAAGUUAAAAAAGUUGUAUCAGGACACCCGUAUGACAUAUACAAAUAUUUUUUUGAAUUCUUCAGGAACGAACCUCUCCUCAGUCCAGUGUGUUGCAUUCCCUGCUCAGCCUUCUCCGGCUCCAGCACACUCAUACCCCACCUCUGCAGGGAGAGCAGGGACACCUGUGGGUGGGGUUGCUGGUCUGGAGGCUAUAGCACAAAAGCGACUGGAGCAGACCAGCACGUCGCUGGAGGCUGCUCUAAAAGUGGUGGAGAACAGACUGGCACAGGGGAGCGGCAGUGUCGACGGGUAAGGACACCGACUGCUUCAGUGUCACUUUGACUCUAUCUGCUGUAUCAAAGGUUUGUAACAUUUUCUGUCUCCCUCACAGCGGCAGCAGCACCGUGAAGGCGGCGGGGAAUAUCCUGGACGACAUCGGCAGCAUGUUUGACGACCUGGCUGACCAGCUGGACGCCAUGUUAGAAUAACGCCCCCAAAACUCUGCCUCGGCGGGAUGAAUUUUUUUUACUAAAAGAGAAAAAAAAAAAGCCAUAAAAAUGGAGUUUGAAAACCAGCGUAGAGGAGAUAAAACUGAACUUUUAAUGCUGGUGAGAUGAGAGAAAAGAGUUUUGAUUCUGGAUAAAAGAGUCUGAGGAUUUCCUGCACAUUGUCUCCUCAGUAUUACAAAGUCCUUCAACGCAGCACUUCGCCUCAGGAUGCACACCUGGGAAUGUUAUUGGAGCGACAACAAACAUCUUCCAGAUGUGUGUGUGUGUGUGUUUAGACUAUUAUCACUAAAGGGAAAGAGGGUCCAUUAGGUUCAUGUUACCUGUAAAUGUAAAAAUAAUAGAGGCUCUAUGAGUGUAUGUAUGUGUAGUCAGAAAUCUUUAUACUGAAUAUAUUUAUAAACUUUUUUUUUAACAAAUGGAGCUCCUAUCCACUGUAUAUAUUUGCUGCUUAUUGUCUAUAACAUGGGGACAUAUUUUAUUUGUUGUAUUAAAGCAAAGUAUUCCACAUGUAUGUAAAAAAAUAGACUAAACUUGAUUUUUCAUGUCUUUACCAAAGUUUUUAUUCCCCUCAGGAGGCACAGGAAGAGGAAACAUCAUUUCUUUAGAGCAGGUAGCAGACGCGUUUAUGUGUGUUCACAGUGUAAAGGGUCGACAGCUCACCUCAGGACGCUCAGGAAGUGACUUUACUGUAAGUUUCCAAAGAACAGGAGAGGAUUUUACAACAUCGGUCUGUUACAAAACAUUUCAUUACUAUAAAUAUGUUCAUAUUUGAAAGUGACCGAACACUGUAAGAGGAACUGUUCAUAAAUAAAAGAGUUAUGUUUCUUACAGGUUCACACCACUACUAUGUUAGAGGUCUGUGUUAACCUCUAUAGCUUCUUAUUAACUCAUUUGAUUCAUUGGUAAUUCUUGUAUCUCUAAAGCUUGGCUGCUUUUGCUCUUAUGGUGUGAGACAUACAAAAAAGGACAAAAUUGCCUCUGAUAUUUCCUCAGCUGGAGGCCUGAAACAGGCUGUUACAGCAGUAUUUGUAUCCUCGUAAGCAGUGGUGGCUGGUGCAUUUUUUUACAUUUUUUUCUGAAAGGAGUAUUUUUUUGCAAAAUCCAAGAAACAUGACCAACAAAAUGUUAAACAACAGGUGUUACAACAGCAAAUGUAAUGAAAUCUACACAGUUUUUGAUGCUAAAUAACAUUUAUUUUUUAAUCACCAGCGUGGACCAAUGGAGCUGUGCCAAAGUGCAGUUCCUUCAACGUCCACUAGAGUGUUCCCUAAAGUCGAGGGAUUCACUUCAUUACAGUUUCUUUACCAGUUACCAGCCUGGCAUGCUGCUGUUUUCAGCAUCUGCCAUGUCACAUUGUUUUCACAGCGUUGUCAUAGGAACACUUAUUUUUUUUAAUGUAUAUAUUUUAUUUCUCCUAGCACAGCACCUUGGGGUGGCUACCUCCGCUUGGGAGCAACCACUACACAAGUUAAGACUGUCCACUGAAAGUGUUCGAAAGGCACAGAUCAUUACUCCAAAUGUCUUAAAUCGAUUCAGAAAGAAUCUUUGCAGGGAGAACUUUUUUUUUUUUCAAUCACUCUCUUAAUCUGAGACACAGAAAAGAACUUUGACCUGUUAUGUUUACUUGCUUAUGCUGCAGAUGCUGUACCCGUCACCGCCUGUUUCACUGCUGCAGGCUGAGGAUAUCCACUGAGGCAAUUCCCAAACUUGUAGUUGAGUUUUCCACAAAGCACUCAAUGGGUCAGUCAGUCUGAUUAGAUCUGAAUUCCUGCUUACUUUUUGACUUAAUCACUUUAAAGAAUUCAUCCUGUCUUUGGUUAUAUGAUCAUUUCUUUGGCUAUGAUCAAAAAUUUGGGCUGAAUGUCUAAAAGGAAUUAAAAGUGGAUCAUUUUUUUCUCUUUCCUUUACUUCCUCCUGACACUCUCUCUCCCUCUCGUUAUGCACCUUCUAAUGUUUUCAUCAAUAUUUUAUCCUCGCACACUGACCGGUUCUACUAACAGCUGUGCAGGUGAAUGCCACCUUUGAUAAGAAAAUGAUUUCCUUUAUUAUUUCUGCAAAUGUAUUCAGAUUUUUAUGAACCCUGAACUGUGUUUUCAGGAAAACUUUGGAGUGUUUAUUCUUUAGCAAAGUGAAAGCACUGUUUGUUAACCAUUUCUCAUUUUUAAAGAUGCCUGUUAGUUUUUUAUACAUAUUUAAAGAAAAGUUCUGUAUCAUCCUGGAAAUGAUUAAAAGGAGAAUUUGUACUGAAA